UUUCCUCCGGUAGGCGGAGUAGCAGCGCUCUAUUCAGCCGCACAGCGCUACUCUCGGCUUCGCUUCGCUCGUCGCUGGUACCGUUACCUCUUCAUUCAUGCGGACCCAGCUGUAGCCCAUGGUGUAGCCCGGAGGUUCGGUGGAGGAUAGUACCCAGCGUAUAGCGGAUUGGGGGACUCGGUGCAUGAACCAUGGCUGCUAAAGAGGACCUCUACAGUAAAAUCCUUCCUCGAAGGCUACGACAGAACCGACCAGGCUCUGUUAAAUGUGGCUCCUCCAACCUGGAUGUGCUGUUAUCUAUGGGCUUCCCUAGACCGAGAGCGUAAGUAUUCAGACCCCAACAGUGUUUAACUAUGGGCGUUUGUGUGUGAGCGGGAUAAGGGGUCGUUUUAUUUUUUUUUUAUUAUGGGUCCUCCUCGGUGACCGGACGGGGACUUUGUCGGAGUGGCACUAACGGUCAACAGUCGGGUCAAACGCAGCAUCACUCCGUAUUCACGUGGAGUCUGGAAUAAUUAGUUCCCUACUGGAAAAGAAGCUGUACCGGACUGGUCCCCUCAAGUCCGAAAGACAUGAGAAAAGUCAGGAAAAAAUGUGCCUCUUUUUGACCAGUUUUAUUCACUAAGCUCAUCUGAAUGUUACGACCUUUCAAUGAUAAUGCAAAAAUAUGGAGGCGAUAAAAUUAAGAUAGAUUUGGUGUCAUUUACAGCUCAAGAUAUGACAUUUAACCACGUUAUUAAUAACCAGGGGCGUGUUCAGAAUUUUUUUUACAGGGGUGGCCUAGCCCCAGCAUUGACUCAUUCAGGAGUAGCAUGUCCUGAGACUCCACUUUCUUUCACAAUAAAAUAUUAUUCAGUAAGGCUACUAUUUUAGUCUCUGAUGUCAGUGUUACUGCUUGAGUACUAUACAGAUGUUACUUUCCGUAUUAUAUUUAAAAAAAAAAAAAAAAAACUAUGCCAGGGCAGUUAAAGGGAUAUUGUGGUGUAAAAUUAAUUUAGGGUCAAACACAGUGCAACACCGAGCUAGACCCCCCUCGAGAGAUGAAUGUUGCCGACCGCUUGCUUCUCUAGUUAUACCAACUUUAGUAACGACCACAUAAUAGCAAUACACAGCAGUCUACGUCUCCACACGAAAACCUCAACCAACGCCACUCUACAGCUACAAAUAAUGCUCAGAACAGCACCUAACUUCAUCAACAGUACAUAGAGGAACCCAGCCACAACACUGGCCACCAAACAUCUUUUUAGCUUCGCCUAAUUUCUUUAGCAAAGAGACUAAACACAACUCACCUACCUACACGAGACCUCGGGUCAGUCCAUUACGGACUGCGGUGGGGUGACGCAGCUCAAGGAAGAAGCGGUCGGCAACAUUCAUCUCUCGAGGGGGUGUCUAACUUGGUGUUACAGUGUGUUUGACCCUAAAUUAAUUUCACGCUGGAAUAUUCCUUUAAAGCCUGACGCAGCUAAAUAAACCCACUGACCUUAGAAAUGAAUUUAUCUCAUAUAGUGUAAUAGUAAAUGGCAAUCAAGCUCACCCUGGCCACCCUGAUGGACUUGCCCCAUCUAACUACAAAUGAAACAUUUUUUUUCUUGAUGUUGGAAGUAUAGUGUACGGUAUAUUUACAUCUUGUUUAUUUAUUGCCUGCUUUAAAGUAAUCAAUCCAUGUACGUCUGAAAAAUGUUAUCCUUGGUCUGUUAGCCUAACAUAAGUUACUUGUGAAAUCCAGCAUAGGUCGAAAGUUAGGAGUGGUUUGACUAAAACAGCUUGAACCACCAGAGAGCCAUAAUUUUCACUCUUUUACACCCUAAGGUUGUCAUCAAAUAUUAAAUUUUUAUGUUCUAUCAGAUUAUGACUGAAGGAAACUGUCUGGUAGUUGUCUUUCCAUCAUUUUAUAGAGCUGUCAUUUUCGGGAAACAGAAGUCAGGAGUCAUGAAGUCAUAACCAUGUUUGUGUGUGUGUGUGUGUGUGUGUGUGUGUGUGUUUCUUUUGGAGGGGUGUUGUCAUAUGGUUCACCCCGUGUCCUCUGCGCUCAGUGAAUGAAGGGACUGUCUUUGCCUUGGCCGGAUCAUUGAGUUCCCUUUCAUGCGCUCAGUGUAAACACAACUCUAAUGAAUACUGUAGUACCACUUGUCUGGAAAGUAGCACUUAACACAGUCCUUACUGAGUGCUAAAAUACAACUGUUGGGUUUUGACGUUUGUCUUCUUUUUACUUGAUGUCUUUGUUUUUGAAUUGUGUAUAAUAUAUAAAGAUAGACAGGAGGGAGAAGUUGCUAGAACACUGUGCCAAAGAGAGCGAGUGGAGCCAGCAGAGUUGUUAAUGGGCUGUAGGUCUGAGGUGGUGUCAGAGCUGACUCUGUGAUUCAGUCAGUGCAUCAGUCUGUGAUUCAGUCUGUAAGCCCUUUUCACAUACAAACUCCAAAAUUUCAGGAAUACCUCAAAGUGGGCAGCCCCUGAAAUUUCUAUAGAUAAGGUUUCUCUGUCAAACAGGUGGGGCAGGGGUCUCAGGAGGCAAGACAUGACACAGAUAGGACACUAUAGAGAUCAAUGUGUUGUAGGACUGCUCAGUUAUGACAAAAAUUACAGUUGUUUUGACUGAAACUGAUAUAACACACAUUUAUGCAACGUAAAACCUCUUUAAACCUUAAAAUCUUCAAAUCAAGUGGGAAAAUAUUGUUUCGCCAUUUUUUUUGUUUACCUUCUGUCUGUAAUUGGCUGAUUCUGUCUGAUUUUUGUAAAAAGGAAUAUGCAGUUUGUAUUACUGCUGGAAUCAUGCAUCCAUUCUUUGCUUUACUUUAAGAGCUUUGGCUCAAUUUUGAUAAAACUAAAUUUCACUUGUAGUAAAAUAUUUUUACACUUUUUUAAAUGAAGAUUUGAGCUUUUUCUGCUCUCAUUUAAUCAGCGAUUCAAUAAAUAAUUCAGUCAAAUCUUGAGACUUGGGUUUGUUUUUUAUUAUGAUUCAGAUCGAUGUUCCUACUUUCUAGAAACUUAGCUUGUUAGUUAGUUAGUUGGUCUGUGUGCAAGCUUGGGAUUGCUCGUACCUGUUCUCAUUCUGUCCCUCAUUCACACACACACACACACACACACACACACACACACACACACACACACACACACACAGAAACACGCACCUGCCUCCUCCUGCUCCUCUCUCUGCUCUCCUCUGUCCAACUGUGGUUGGUGUUGCUUGUUCUGCUUGCAAAAAAAUUCCCUCUGGAAACCUGUUUGAUAUGGUUUACUGGUAGGCUCUGUGAUCCUGUGUUGUGCUGUGUUCAAUAUGUUGUGCGCGAGUUUGGCAUUUUCUCAUUUGGUUUGUCAGAACAUGAGUUUUCCUGAAAAGGACAAGGAUAUAAGAUACUUCACAGCAUUCAGAGCUAAAAACAGUUUUUUAAAAAUAAUCAUCAUCAUGUUCAAUGUAAUUAAAAUUCAUAUCUAGGCUGAAACAGCAAGCCGAAUAGCUUAUAUGUAUGCAGGUGAUACUACAUGUAUAAUACCCAAUGAAAAAGAUAUUUUGUUAUGUCCAAACAUUUAGGGGUUGUGCCUUUUUUGUACAAACAGCACCUACAACCUGACAUUUUAAAGCACCUCUCCUUGCAUUGUUGCUAAGUUACAAAACUUGUCCUGUUGUACUUCUUUUUCUCUCAGUAACCAUCAAGUCUAUUUUAAAAUUCUCUGUAUGCUUUAGAUGCUUUCUUUAAGUCGCAUUUUAUGAAUCAGUUUUAGUGUCCUAUGUAAAGCCCAUUAUCUGUAUAUUUUACCUCGAAAAACAUGUGCUUGAUGCAUGUGCAAUUGUGGUUUACAAAGAUAGUGUCAGAAGUCAUCCUACCCAUUCUUGAAUUUGAUUGAUUGGUGGUCAGAAAGUGGCAUUGAUAAGCAUAGUGAUGUUUCAAAUUUGAAUUAUUUUCAAAACCAGCUGAUGCUCUUAGGUAAACUCUGAACUGUAGGGCUGGGCAAUAUGGCUGGAGUUGUUAUACAACAUAUUUUGCAUCAGUCAGUAUUGAACACUUUCUUCAUGACAAAUAUCAGAUUAUUACUUCUUUCAGAUACCAGCUUCUUACAUGGUGUGUCUACGGUAUAAUUUGCAGUGCAGAUCCUAAAAUGAAACAAUUUAUCACUCGUGACGGUAUUUUCUUCCUAUCAUGCAGGCCUGAGCUCUGGCUCCUGUUUGUGUAACGUCAUAACAAGGAUUGUGCUUUAAGACACUUGUGUAGUUUAACCUUUUUAAAACCAAACUAUUGUGCGUCAUCUCUGACACUAACCAAGCAGAACAGAAAAGAGCUUUGAUUGAUGUCUGAAGGAAAUAUCUCACUUCUCCACUUUUAUAGGUUUUACGAAACUGAGAAGGGUCUCCACUCCUUCCACUCAGACAGAUGUCGUACGUCAAGAGUGUGUGUGCGUGCGUGUGUGUGGCUGUGUGAGAGAGUGUGUGAGAGUUAUUCAGUGUUUGUGUGUGUCAGGGGGAAGUGUGUUGUGGUUUGCUGAAUGGACAUGGCAGAUGAUGAUCAGCCCCCAGGCAGGCCAGUGUUGGUCUGGAACACAGUCCUUCAGGGAGGCCACAACCUCCUUUAUUUCAGCCUGUGACUGCUUGGCCUCAACAGAGACACUCUCUUUCUCUGUCUUUGUCUCUCUCUCCCCCUUUUUUCUGUCUGAAGAGAUUGACCUAGUAAAUGUCCCAUCUGACUUCAGGUGCUCUGGUUAUGUUGUAAUAGGAUUAUAUCUUUGGAGGUAGAUUAAAUUCAUUUGCAGUUUCUCUUUGCACCAUUGUUCAGUAUUGUCACAAAAGAGAGAUAUACCAUCGGCCCCGGUGAAGACAGUGAUGAAUGACGACAGCGAGUGCUGCUAAUGAAACAAAGCUGUGAAACAGAGAAAUAAAAAAUAGUUUUCUGAUUAUUUUUCAGGAGUUAGACUCUUGAGAACUUUUAAACACAUCUCCAAAAACUGCAUAAAAAUGUGGAAAGGAGGAGGUAAUUUGCAGCCAGCUUUGUGUCUCUCAGCUCUGUCCCACUGAAGGUCACACCUGCUGCUCCUACACAGCCAAGCAAAGAGUUCUUAUAAACACAGGAAAUGGGGUAAAAUAUACAUAUUUAUGUUUAAAUAAGUGUAUUCCUACUUUAAUGCAAAAAACAUUUGUUUUCCCUUGACUUAGAGCUAAACUAGAGCAGCUCUCUUAUACUUUGACCCCAGAAUGAAUAAAUUGGUAACAUUUGUCUUUUGUAACUAAAUUUCUGUCAAAAGAAUUUGCAUUGAUAGACAUUUUUGAUGGUAAAAACAUGGGAAAUGCACAAACUUCUCAUAAGCCUCUUGUCCUUGAGAGUCACCAUCCCUUCUAAAAAUAUAUCAUCAGGAGGGGUGAGCAAGGGAGCGAUUCAGUCUGAAAUUUGACCACUAAAUACCACCAAAUACUCCCAUUUUUGCACACUGUACCUUAAGUGUGUUUUGCCUUUUUAUGUCCUUGUGUAAAACAAAUAUACUACACUUCAGGAAAAAUAGAGUCUGGUGUUCUCACUAUAGGAUGUAGGGGAUGAACACAGCUGCAGGGGCUCUGUCCAUCCACUUGAGUUUAAAUCACUCUGAAAACGGUAUUGAUUGUACACAUUAUUCUUCCCUCAAGGGGAAAAAGAUUCCCGUAAGUCACUGGGUGCAUCUCUUUGACUUUGUAAAUGACAAUCAAGUGCAUUCAGCUGGCUCUCUAAGUAAUGAUCAAUUGGCCCUUAAACGGUCAGUCAUGCUGGUGUUCACCAGAAUAUCCUGACUGAGCUGCUUCGACAGCUGCUUCAUUCUGAGACUGAAUGACCUGAGAGACCAUAAAAACAGGAAGCUGACUUGGUAUUACAUAAAGCUUAAAAGAAGUUUGCCCUCUGUCAGAUAUUAGAUUAGUCAUCAUAGAUGCAGAAAAAAUUUGAGGCACAGGCACCUCUUUGUACAUAUGAGCCUUCUGCUUUUCUGGCGGUGAAAAAUUGGAUCCCACUUACUAUUCCUCACUAGAGUUCAGGGUUUUUGUUUUUCCCAUUAUGUGUCUAAGCUGUUUUUAAAGUGUUAUCCUGGCUUCUCAUGAGGAGAACAGACACGUACACAUACUGUAGAUGGAAUUAAAACAAAAGAAAAAAUAUUAAUCUUACUGUCAUAAUUAAACUGCAUAAUUCUACACAUCAUGAUCAUCCAAGUUUACUUUCAACAUUCGUCAGUCUUCAAUUUGAUACGCUGCCAAAUGGAUUUAUAUUCAGAAAGAUUAGGGCGAUAUCAUCUUUGUGAGGGCUGAUGCCAGUAUGACGCAAAUCAUGUCAGAAUGCCUUUAAUCAGAAAAAAUAUUUGGUUUAUCUGUAGCACUUUGCUUUCAACCAAUACAAGCACGAGAAAUAUGCUUGUCCGUCUGUCGAUCUGUUAGCGUCACCGCUACAUGCUCCGAAUAUGUGAGUGAAGGGAGGCAGGGGCGCAGCCUUCAGAGUUGAAUUAGCAGAAUAUGAAAUAACAGGAUGAAUACCUGCAAUUCGCCGCACAAACAGAGGUGAUGGUUAUUACAGCCUCCUUAGGAGAUAACAGGAAAACACGCGGCAGCAACGUGAUGCCUGCACAGGAGCCAAUCCAAAGUUUUCUCAUUGCACUGUCCAUUUACAUGUACCUCCUGUUAGCCAUACAGCCAGUUUGAGACAAAGCCUCACAAACAGUGUGAGAGGGGGGUUCCAACUGUGCAUGGUUGUUAGCAGAGUGGAGACACAUCAAUAUGAAGACAGGAACACUUGAAACAGGGCUGGUAGCAGCUGGCAGCAAAGAUGACUUUGAAUCAACCAAAGAACAUUUAAGAAAAAAAAAGAAUUGCAGAUCUCAAACUUACUCUGUUAACAGGGGAUAAAAGGGGUCUGUGCAGCCUGAAGUGACUAAUCUUGCUCUCUCUUUUUUUCCUGGCUUGAUCGCCAGUCCAACACACUUAAAAUCAUCUGCACGAAGAUGAAAAAGACAACGCAGAAGAAGCUUUUAGUGUCUGCAGUUUACUGUCUUUGUACAGCCGUCUUAUUAGAGUGAAGGGAUCCGUAUCUUUACAGCGAGAGUUUCUGCUUCAUAAUUUAGGUUAGCUCUGUGCGCUUGGUUUCUGUCAGCUUGUCUUGUUCCCUAACUAGAGUUAUAGGAGAAAUGUUUGAGAACUCGACAAAGUGCGCCUGAGAGCGUUUCUAAGCUGCUAAAAUUGGUCUGAAUUCGUCUUGAAGUUUUUCCUUUUACUGACUUGAAGUCUUUGGGUGAAUAUUUUGUAACCUUUGUGAUGUAUGUGCAAUGUUAUUUCAGGUCAACACACAGCUGGUGAUUCAGUUAGUUGAUAAAGUAAGAAGUGAGUUCUUUCAUCUGGACGCCCACUCACUUCCUGUGUAGAUAAUGUGUUUUUUUAUGUUUGGUGCUGAUGAAGCUGUAGUUCCAAACCAAAACUUCUAUGCACAACUUGCAAAUCUUCUUCGUAGUCAUUAAAUAGUGAAGCAGAUCAUCAACCAACAUAUUUGCAUUUACAGUGCCACAUUUGCACUUCACAUUCUCAGUGCUGAUAAAGUGUUUUCUCUCCUAUUUCACAACAGCUGUCUGCAUAGGAAGCACACUUUUGUGAGGCUCAGCUCGAGGGUUUGCAUAUUUGCUGAUUUGAAGGAGGAAAAGAAAAUGCCUACAUACAGUUUGCGGGUUUAAGUGUGCUACAUCUGUGAGAGCUGUAUACAGUACUGUAUAUGGCAGCUCAGGGAACCCUGAAGUGCGGUGCAGUUGGUAACUCUCAUGAAUUAUUGAGUCAUCCCCUUGUUUUUAUAGGCAAGUAUCUUUGAAAUGCAGAUGAAUAUCAGCUCAUUUGUCUUUUACUCUGCCUCCAGAAACCGUUUCAAGCUCUGGGACUGUAGUAUGCCUGCAUGAUGUGAGAAUAUAUGCUAUUUACCUUUUCAAUACUUUUAAGUUUGCUAAACAAAUAUUGGAGGGUACAUAUUUGCCUUAACUUGUUGUCUAUGCUUAUCUGCUGUCCUAAAUAUUUUACACAGGUCCUGCAUUUGCAACACAUCCCUUCUGAAGCCAAAAUAAAUUCAGACACUUCAUUUUCACUGCUGAAGUGAUAUCAACCAAUCUGAGGGUCGCUGAGCUCAAGCUUUAUCUGACAACAUCAAAAACUGUGCUGUGGCAUGACCGUUAUGCCCACGCCUUCAUCUACUUGGUAAAAUGUCAACAUGCUGACUAUAUAAAAGGCGAGGCAAGUUUACAAUAGAGCACACUAUCGCAAAGGCAGUUCAUGGGGCUUUAAGCAGACCUGGCAUCUUUGGGGGAAUUUUAUUCAGGGUUUUUUUUAACUGAAUGCAUCAUCUCCAUGUUUGUUAUUUUGUCUCUGGAUAGAAGGCAGACCUGUUCCAUAACCAGGGGAAACAUGUAAAUGCUAGAAGGAAGUGGCCCUAGAGGCGAGCUUUGGGGAACUCCACUUGUAAUUAUAGUCAGGUGUGAAGCUGCUUACAGAUGUAAAGUAGUCUCUGACCUUUAAGUUAAGUUUAAACCAGUCGAGUACGGUGACUAGAAGUCACACCCAGUUCCCCAGAUGGUCAAGUGGUAUAUUGUGGUCAGCUGUGUUGAAAUCAGCUUUGAGAUCAAGUUAGCUAAAAAUAAAGGCGUUCAUUGAACACACCUAUAUUUUGGUGAAUGGUGAGCUGAGCUGCUCAUUUUGAAACCCAUGAACCAGAACAUAGACUUCUGUGAAUGAGUAAAUGACUGCUGGGCGAUAUGGAAAAAAAUGUAUAUCACGAUAUGGAUCAUUUUAUAUCACGAUAACGAUAUAUAUCACGAUAUAGUUAUGGUAUGCGUUCAGUUCUAUGAAAAAUUUAAGUGUAUACAGCUGCACUAGUACAGUGCCAGUACAAGACCAGCACUUAAAACUAGAAAAAUGAAUAAAUAAAUACGUGGCUGAAGUGUGUUCAUGUCUGCGCUCACCCAAAGUUAUGCAACACUCACAGAAAACGCCGAUAGUGUGAGCCAAAGCACUCCAUAAUAAUAAUAAUAAUUAUAAUAAUAAUAAAUUUAAUUUGUAAUGCACUUUAAAUUUACAAAAAAUCUCAAAGUGCUAAAGUACACCGUAAAAAAAGAGCAGCAACAAUAAAAAAGCAAUAGAAUGACAGUCACAGAUUGGCAUAAAAAACGCAAAAAAGAAUUAAAAAAAUAAAGAAUAUAGAGUUGCAAUGUAAGAGGCAAGGUAGUAAAAGCAUAGAGGAAAGCUAACCAAAGGCUUUAUUAAAAAGGUAGGUCUUUAGGGCUCUUUUGAAGAGGUUGUUCACACUGCUGGAUGUUUCUCCUCCAAAGCUGCUCUCUGCCUCCAUCAUUGUUUACUUUACUCUUGAAGCACGUAGCAAGACCCGAGCAUGAAUCCGAGCGCUUUAUUCGCCUAUCAGGGGCAGACAGGUAAGGUGAUUUGAUUCGCCACGACUCCAGAAAUGAUUGAAAAACUACAGAAUGUCACAAAAUUACGUUUCCUCGCUCCUGACUUGAAGGGUUUGAAAUACUGUCCUACUUUCGGUCAAAAGUACAGUUUUUAUGUGUACAAGAAAAAAUCAGUGAGAACCAAUAAGAAAUCUCACUGAGAGAUGACUACAAAAAUGGACGCACCUGUUCAUCUUGUUGUUUAACACGGCUGAAAAUGAUCAUCUAUUAAUGUUGUUCCCGCUCCUGCCCACUCCCGUUGCUGUUUUCCCCCGUCCCGUCCCGAUCAAGGGGUUAUUUAAAAAUGACUCCCAUCCCGUGGGAUUCCCGCGGGAAUCACGUGACCCACGGGAAUUCCCGAAAAAUGUCAUCCUCUACAGGGAAGGUCCCGGAGCAGAUGAAACAGGUGCCGGAGCGGCUGAAAUAGGUCCCGGAUCCGAUCAAAAGAGGUCACAGAGCGCACUAUCAGAUUAUGAGGCCAUUGUCCCAGCUCAAAUAUCCCUUAAGUGUGUAACCCAGGUAACCCGCAACGGCGGGAGACGCUGGACACGAAGAGGGCACGUAAAGCGGCGUCAUGUCGCAAAAUCGAAAGAGAAAUGCGAGCCAACAUGUCAACGCAUCCUUUUCUUUGUAAGAAAACAUUGUUUUCUUUUCCGUUUGACACCAAAUACACUUACUGAAUGUGCAAUUAUUGUUGUUGUUACUAUGAAUCAUCUGAUGGCACAAGCCCUAUGGAUAAAAUACAGCCUAUCGCCAGAAACGAUAAAAAAUAAAAAUGGCACGAUAGACAUUUUCUAUCGUGCCCACGAUAUCUAUCGUCCUAUCGCCCAGCACUACUUCAGGGUGAACAUAGCCCUGAAGUCUGUGAAUGAGUGAAUGACUGCUCACUUUCUGGGAGGAUCUGGGAGAUGUAAAGAGUUGCUGGAAGUUACUAAGUACUGUGUGUCACAGCAGGUGAAGUCAGACAUACAGCACUCAGCUCCACUCGCUUUAGUCAUCCAGCAUAUGUAAUCAGAAGUUCCAGUGAAGCAGCUCUUUAGAAUAUUUGAAGUAGUUUCAUCAACAAAAGCAACCGUGGAUAUUUCUUUCUUUAAAACAGAACUAUGCAAACUAGUUCAUUUUAAACUGUGUGAACUAAACAUUGAGCCAGUUCACUUUCUGUGUUUACUUCCACAACACUUGAUCUAGUAAUGCUGAAAUGCUAUAGUUGUCAGUGUCUGAGUUAGAGAUGUACCAAUCAUUUUUGUCCCGAUCCAAUCCGAUACCGAUACUUGGGCUGAGCAUAUCGGCCGAUAUCCGAUACCGUUGCAACACUACUGUUGAGUAAAUGAACUGUAUACCUUGCCCUGUGAGUGAAGGCAUCAGGCUUGACAUUAGCGUUGUUAAAAAAAGGUAACAAAUUAACACAGAUAUAAUUUUACUUAAUAUUAUUUAUUAACAAAUUACAAAUUGCACAUUAGGACACAGCAAAAAGAAGUAAGACUUUCAUGCCAUCAUUUAGUGCAAAAGGAUAAUCAUAAUAUAAUAUAAUACAAUAUAAUGUAAUAUAAUAUAAUAUAAUAUGAACUUGUCCAAAAAUUAAAAAAAAAGAAGACUGGAUCGGAACGCUGAAUGGGCGUCAUUCAUCAGAUAACCGAUCCAGUUAAUUUGUCAACAUUGGAGCUGAUAUCCAAUCCAAAUAUCGGAAUAUCAAUGCAUCCGUAGUUUGAGUGAAUGUCGUUAAAAACCUUAACCAGAGUAGCCUCCAUAUCAUCAGCAGUUAUUAAGUUUCAGAAAGUUAUUUAACUGUUGAAAAACUGCUUUUCACAUGUGCAUGACACCUAAAAAUAAGGCGAAUAAGUCAAAUUUAACAAAAAUUACAUCUACAGGGUUUGAAAUACUGUCCUACUUUCGGUCAAAAGUACAGUUUUUAUAUGUACAAGAAAAAAUCAGUGAGAACCAAUAAGAAAUCUCAAAGAUGAUAGUAAAAAUCAAAAGAAACCACAUAUUUUAAGAUGUGUUAUUGUUAUACGCCUUCCUCAUCGUGGAGCCUCUAACAAGGUCAAAUAAAUGUCUGUCUCCUUCCUGAAACAGGAGAAGUGCAUCACUGUCUGAACGGAGCUGCCAUCAUUCACAGGAGCUCUUCAGCUGCAGCUCGGUGAUCAUAUCACGGUUCACAUUAAGCUCUGUCCGGAAGCAGGCAAACAGACAGCACUAUCAGAUUAUGAGGCCAUUGUCCCAGCUCAAAUAUCUCUCUGUAUGAUUGUGAGAAACCCAAGGUAGUGCAAGUGCCCUCAGUGAGUCACCCACAAACAAAUAAAUGUACCCUCUCUGAAGACAGGCUGAAUGUGAUGUGAUUUUAAAAGCCUCUUGUUUGGUUUCGUAUCUUAAAACACAGUCUCAGAGGUUUAAAGUGACCCUUGAGUUUAAUGACACUCUCUGUCAGGAUGAUUUCACACUCAUUCAUUAUUUUACUCUCCUGGAAGCAGCAGUCUGUCAAUAUCAGCUUCUGGCUUCAGGCGUAGAUGGAGAGACGUGAGCAGCAGAGGAGAUGAGUUUAGCAGUCAGCCAGUGAGGUUAGAGCGAUGUGGUUGUUACUGUGAGUUCAAUCAGAAGAGUGAGCCACAUGAAGAUACAAAUUCACACUCCUGUAACGAGUUUUCAUAUUUCAGACUGAAAUUAAUACUGAUUUCUUUUUAUGACCUACUAAAGCAAACCAUCAGAGACCAUCAGCAUAAAUACUUACAGUUUAUUCUUAACUCUGCAACCACAGCUGCUGCGGUGGUGAUCAGACGAAGUGAUAAACAGCCAGCUACAGAAACAGCCUUUUUUUUUUUUUUGCAUUUACUUCAGAGAUUCUGAAUGUUCAGAGUAAGCAGGAUGAGAUUUUUUUCAUGGGAAAACACAUACAAAGAGAACGCAAAGAGAAAAGAGGGACCACUUUAUCCACAGGAAAACACACAUGACACAAACCUCAACUGAGAGUUUGUUCUCUAGUGUCCUUUCAUAGCUUUCCCCAUUAAGUGUAACAUGUUUUUAAAGACACAUUUUAGCUGCCUACCCUUGUUACAUGCUCUCCGCUUGCUCACAGAUCUUUAAUAAAUGGUGGCGAUCUGCUGCAGUGUGCAGUUCUCAGGCAGCUGUCUGAGACCGACCACAGUUGGUGAGUCAGCAGCAGGUUUUGUGUCAGUCUGAAGGCCACUGGGACUGACAGCUGUCCUCCGCCUCCCUCUGCAGCAGAGUUAGCAAAGGCUAGUCAUUAACUGCGUGAAGGUUAUCACUUUUGACAUGACGUGGAAAAGAUUUUUCAAGGAGUGAGUUUUUAUGAACAGAAGAGAUAGAAGGCAUACAGUCGGAACAAAGCAGUGAGAAAAAGCAGUACAUUUUUUCGGCUAAAAAAUCUGGCCAACAGAGAGUCUAAAGAAAACUGCUGUUCCUCAUGUGUUCACUUGAGAUCCAAAAACCAAGAAACUCUGUGAUCUUUGAGCCUUUGCACAGAAAUGGGUUCAAAACAGGCAUAACUCAGUAGUGGAAAUCACUGCAUUAGCUCAAAGACCACUGUCUGUGAGCACAUUGGAGGUUAGGACUGGACCAUGCUUCGGGCAAAACUUAAAGGCAUGGUUGACGAUCUGGGAAGCAGUUGAAAAAAACUGAGCCAUUGAGGCAAACUGCUCCACAAUAACUCCCCCUCAUACCUGUAUCGCCCUCCCCACAACACAACCCCCUCUGGCAGAGCAAGAAGCUGGCUGGCAGAAGAUCCAACGCUAACUUCAAAUAGGAUUCACCAUGUCGGAGUGCUCGUGACUAGCAGCAGUAAACACCUGCUCUGUUAGCGAGCACCGUCUGCAGCUGCCUGGACAGCUACCAUGUUGACAUUGCUGGGAUUACUAUGAGUUAUUUAUGUAACAAUUGCCACGACAAAAGGCAAAAAUGACCUGUUCAACAAAAACUCUGCUGUCUUGGCGUCUGUUUUCAGGCUCAAAUCCUGGCGGAGCUCUCUCCACCGCUUGGAGGAUGACCCGAUGUUUAUUCGAGUUAGAUUCCUCACUUGAUCACAUUUCCUCUUCGUCUCUGCCCUUUCUUCUGUCGGCUUGUAUUUUCUUCCGACUUUCGGUGCUGGGGCAAGCAGAAGUGUUUUUUUUGUUCUUCUCCGUCACAGCUCCUGUAGUUAAGCUACUACGCUACUUUUAGCCACUUAGAGCUUCGAGGAGGCCCGGGAGAGUGGGAAGGGACGAGUCUGAACUACAGGAGAGGGGUGUGUCAAAUACAGCGAGGUGAUUGGAUCGAGAGGCAGAGCAGGAGAUUGACCAACAGGAGCUGUCCGGGAUGGAUGGCUCCCAUUGGUCAAUGUUUUUGCAGCCCUGCACCUGCUAAGGUGAAUGGAUUUUUUCCAUUCUUCUUGAUCGCACUAUAGGAUCAUGAUUGCCAUAUAAACAAGAUUCAUAAUAAUUACCAAUUUCUCAAUCGUCAACCAUGCCUUCAACAAACAUGAUCCAGAUUACCUGCACCUUUUUGUUAAGUUGCUAGUUGUCUAAGAGAGCGAUGAUGAUGUUUCCUGAUUUGAUAAUAACUGCAGAAUCUUUCUCUCCACUAGCCUUGCCCAUAAACCAUGCUCCCCCGAACAUUUAGAAAUUCUCCUUCAGGCUUUCCUGUGAAGUUUAAAUUCACGAAGUAUGCAGAAAGACAGCCGGCAGAGAGCUGCGUCUGCACUGUGAGAGCAAGAUAAGACUGUUGUGCUCUCUCUUUACACUCACUCUGGUUAGAGGGGGAGGAAUUCGUCCUUGUCCCAUCGUUUUCCCAUUUUUUUCACAGUCUUUGAUACACACGCAUGCACACACAAACACACACACACACGGCUGAUCUGUGAGCACAGUUGCUGUUUUUGUUUUAGAUGUUUAAAUGAGGGCACUACAGGGCUGGGGGAUCAGAAACUAAAGUAGAUUUGAUGUGGCAUUUAAUCACAUGCUCAAUUUGAUGUGGAAUUUGUGUGUGUGCGUGCGUGUGUGUCUAUGUGUGUUAAGGACAUGUGUGUCUAUGUGUGUUUAGCACAUGUGUGUCUAUGUGUGUGUCUAUGUGUGUGUGUGUGUGUGUGUGUGUUCAUUCACAUAUUUCAUUUGGCUGCAUACCGAUUUGUUUGAUUCUUGUUUGCUGCUGGUUGCACAUUUGUGUGUUUGUGUGUCAUCUUUAUGAGUUUUUCUUUUUUUUGUGUGUGUGUGUGUGUGUGUGUGUGUGUGUGUGUGUGUGUGUGUGCGUGCUGAGUGAUGCCUGAGCCAUCUGUGCCUGUUGUACCUAGGCCAGUAGAGCGACUGGAGCGGCUCCAGCAGCCGGCUUCCUCGGGCUCCUGCCGUCUGCCCUCACAUUCACUUCACUGAGACAGGAAAGGAAGCUUCUCCAUCUUGGACCUUCUUCCUGCUCCGUCCCCCCUCACACUGCGCUCCAGUAAUCCAGCUGGAUUGAAAUGAUUAGUGGGGGGAAACAGAUUUGAUGAGACAUUUAAUUAUAGGUCUUACUGGAUGUGGACACUGCCUCUGUUACUGAGGGUUUGUUAGAACCAGGCAGUAAAGGAAAGGCUGGUGUGCUUCUUGGUGUUAAGAUUUCAGGCUGCUACAGUGCAUGUGAUCACUUGGGUUGGUCAGGGGUGGAAUUGCCCCCUCUUGGAUCGAGGGGUUCCUUAUGUUAGAUUCACUGAAGUUGAUUGUUGAUGUUUUGUUGAUGCUAGAAAAUCUCUGCGCAUUUUCCAAGACAGGUGUGCAGGAGAGGAUUUGGUGCAUUAUAAAUGGCAAGCAUUGCCAGUGUGAGGAAGUUCGUUUGUAUUGUAUUUUUUUGGUUACCAUAUUGACCUGAUAAUGAGACCAUUUUCCCUUCUUUGAAGUACAUGUAAAAAAAUCACAUGUAAAGUGGGAAGGCAGGAUAUCAGAUUAUUGCUGAUAUCCAAUGUGCUGAUUUUGCCAAACUCUUAUUGGCUGAUAUCUACACUGAUACCGUGAUGGUACCAAUAUAGACACAACUGUUUUGUCAAUGUUAAGGAUGCAAAGUUUCUCUUAUGGCAAAAUUUGCUCCUUUUAUCAUGACCGUUUAUUCACUUUGGACCAAGAUGAACAAAAUUUGAUUCUCCCAUAAAUGCUAUGUAUGUAUUCUACAUACAGACAUUCAGUAAUGCAUCUGCUGUCUGUUUCCAACUCUUGAAACAGCAAACAUGUGUAAGCUGUCAGCAUGUACUUGAUGCAUCACCUCUUCAGCCGAUAAUUAUAUCUGCAGAAAUGUUCAUAUCUGCCAAUCCAGAUAUCAUGCAUCUCUUAUCUCCUUAGAAUAAAAAGCCAACGCAGAUACUUGAUUCUGAUUGACCAAUCAUAUACAAGUAUUUGAUACAAGUGUCUCCAUUUUGAAAUUGCCAUCAUUUUUUUGCAUUAUCGUGAAACACUGAUCUUGAAGUUAGUAUAAAUCUAGCUCAGAUUUGUAGAUGAAGUUGUGUUGCACAUGUUCUGCUGACUUUAAUGUGUUUGACUGAGCAUAAACCAUUGUGUUAGAGCCCCUGACACUUCCACAGUAGAUGAGAGCAAUUGUGUCAAUCGCUCCAGGUAACUGCAUAGCUUUUUAAUGGUUCAGUCUUGUACAGUGAUCUAAUAUUUAUCAUGGUGUUGCACAGUAGUGGUGCUACAAAUAGCAGCAUUGGUUUGCCUCUUUUUCUCAGCAGCUUGGGGAAAGCGACGCUGUUUUCUGAAUUAAAAAGCUUUUCUGUAACCAAAGUAGUGUGGUAGUAGCUUUACAAGUUACAUGUUCCCACAACAAAACCACAUUGCAUUUACUGCUGAAGUCUGAAAUAAAGUUGUCAAGGAUCACUUAAGAACCAAAGCCAGCAUGUGAACUCCUAUUUGUAGAUUCGUCCACCAGCGUCUUCUCUCUCAGUUGAUGCUUGUGACAUGCAUGCUUGUCCCCUUGUGUUCUUGUGAAACAUGUGGGCUGCAUCUCUGCAUGUUUAACACAUUUAUUCAUGCAGACAGACACAGUCGUAUCAUUCAUCCAUGAGUUUAUCUGUUCGCAGUGCUUUUAGUUUUGAGGGCAAACAUCUAGGUCAACACCACGAUACAAAGCAGAAGUAAAACCCUGCGUAUUUAAAUUUGACUCAAAUUGGCAUGAAAUGUAAGCUGACUGCAGCUUAAACCACAAACUCUUUUUACAGGGAUUUGCCCUCAUCUUUGGCAACCAGUUUGAGCUGCGUUCAAAUGUACCUUUGUCUAUCUUUGUGUGCCCUUGUGAGGCCGGAGCCUCCCUGAAACAAUGUACAGCACCUCAGGAAAAAGAUUAUCAGUCCUAUUAUUGUGAAGAAGGAAGUUUGUAUCCCCACCCGCCACACAUCACAAUGUUGGCUCAGUAUAGAAACAAAGUCUGUGAGAACAAACACACACACUUCUGCCAAUACAUCCAGAAAAAUCCUCCUGUUAACCAGAACAUCCGACACACAGCACACACUGCUGUCAGCCAGCUCCUCUCUGAUGGCCCUGUGCUGCAUUUUUACUGCUGAGAGCUGAAAUGAAAUACAGAGUGUGAUCUUCAGACUGGUUUGUGAUUUUAUAACAAGGUACUGUCUGGAUGGAAAGACCUGUGUGCAUUGUUCAGCAAGAAUGUAGCCUUUCCAGACCUGUAAAAUAUCCAUGCCAUAGGUGCUGAUGCCUCCUGACAGCGUCAUAGAUACUGGCAUUUGAGCUGUGUGUUCAUUAGAUGAUGAGUGGUCCCUUCCUUCUUUAGGCUGGAUCACAUUGGGUCCAUGAACUCUAAAUAGAAUAUCUGACCACAGGACGCUUCACACUUCACCUCAAUUCAACCUUGCCAGCAUUUCUGGAUCCUGUUUAGAUUUGAUUUCCUCUUAUAUGGUGCCGUUUUUACCUGUAAUGUGGAUGCAGCUGUGAACUUUGUCAGAUAGUGUUUUAUUUCUGGAAGUGAUUUUGACCCCAUGCGGAGAUUUCCACUACAGAGUCAUGUCAGAUUUUUGAUGCAGUGAGAGUCAAAACCAACACAAACUGAAAGUUCCUCACAAGAAAUUAAAUAAAAGGGAAGCUGUUUCAGUAUUUCUCUGUAAAUUUAUUUCAAACAUGAUUUCUGGUUUAGAGUUUUAAUGAAUCUGAUUUAACUGCAUUAAAUCCUUCAAAAUGUUUUCCUUGGAGUUUGAACUGGGGACGAACUGGAGAGUGAAAUAAUUAUGUGAGACAGGAAUAUGUCUUUUCAAUUAUACUGAAAAGAACUCAUACUAAUGGGUUAGUGUGACUUCUGAGUGUGAGAGACUCCUGCCCAAUACAUGAGUGUAUGACCAGUUUGUAGUUUAAUGUCUCUGCCAUGUGUGUGUGUGUGUGUGUGUGUGUGUGUGUGUGUGUGUGUGUGUGUGUGUGUGUGUGUGUGUACGUGUGUGUGUGUGCGCACGCGCGUGUGGUCGUUUAUUUGUCUACCUCCUUGCAUGUGUGUGUGAGUGUUUGUAAACAGGAAGUUUGAGGAUGCCUGCAGUCAGAGGACACAGAGCCAUGGGAUUUCCCACAGUGACAGAACUGUAGCUGAACGUGGCUUCCCGUGUGUGUGUGUGUGUGUGGUGUGUGUGUUUCCUUUAACUGGGAUGGGUUUAAAGGCUGUGUGAACUCUAUACAUCUGACUGAAAGUAUAAGAGUUAGAGAAAUGUUUGAUUUAUGUCAUGUUUAAACUUCCCAGACUACAGGACUUUUACUAACUCCAUUUCCAGUGAAGUUGGGACGUGGUGUGAAACUUAAACAAAAACAGAAUACAAAAUUUGAAUAUCCUUUUGGAGCUCUAUCAAUUGACUACACUACAAAGGCGAGAUAUUUAAUGUUCAAACUGAUAAACUUUAAAUUUGAUGCCUGCAAGUUUGACAUGCAGCAUCACUGCUUCAUGAGCACAUGUUUGUGUUGGGCACGUCGGGUGCAUUAUGAGAUACUGUGUGACUUCCAGCUUAAUAAAACAUCCACUGUUAAUUCUGAGCGAGAUUGGUGCUAAAUGCUAAGUAAAAAAAAUACUUUUUGAUAACAUGUAACAGGAGCUCUGAUCCUUCAAGUAACCCGAAACAUCAAACACACUUUGUUCCUGAAUGUCUGGAACAUUUUGGUGUCUCGGUUGUUUGGAAAAUAAACGAGUAAAGCUGUAGGCGCGUAUUGAGAGUCACGGUAAACUCAGGUUUUUGUUGUGUUGACAGGAGGGAGUUUAUUUCCCCUUUAUACCGUGAGUCAUGGGACUCCAUGAUGGCGACAAAGCCCCGCUGCAUAAUAGAUGCAAGAUGAUGAAGCCUGAUUAAGUGAUCAAUGGAAAUGCCAUGCAGCAGCGCAUUAAUCAUUCAAGCUUUUUCAAUAAACAGCAAACGUGCAUCAUAUCUUAGCAGAGCUCUGCUGAGGAGGGUAAAAGAAAAAAUCGAUGCACUUGAGAGGCUCUUUAGCAAAAGACAAAAAUCAAAAUGUUUGAUCGUUUUAGAAGAUAAAUGACUCAACUGCCCCAUGAAUUUGCUGACACUGUAACACCUUAUUUCAUGAUAAUAAGAGUCUACCAUCUAAUCCAAAGGAACUCACUUAGUUUUUAAAUGAAGAAAAGUAUCAGUCGUUUUUCCACUUAUUUUUAAUUUUCUUUAUCUGAAACAUAGUAAAUGAACCUCAUGUUUUCAAUUCUUGGUGACAGCUUUUCCACAACUACUCUUUGACCCCCAGAUUUAUAUUUUUUAUGUCAUAUUUGUUCUUGUCAAGAUUUGGAAAAGUGCUCUUUUUAUAAGCUCUCUCUAAUACAAAACAAACUAUCAAUAAAUUGAAAAACAGGGCGAGAUAAGUUUAUAUAUAUUUCACAUUUUGGUAGUAAAAAAAUAAAAUAAAAUCAAGGUUUUAAAAAACAUCUUGUAAAAUCAAAAAUGACUAAAACAUGAAACUUGAAACAAGCUUUUAAAAAUCAAAGCAAGAAAAAAUAAAAUCAGCAGAAACAGAGGGUUCAAAUAUGCAGCUGUAAGAGAAUUUUAAAAUGAAAAGAAACACUUGAAGGUGCUCUGUAAUGAACAGUUGAAACACAAGGACUAUAGAGUCUAAAAAAACAGUUCCCUUGUAAUACUGACAAAGUCCUAAAGCUUAAAAGGAUUUUAAUUCAUUUACAGUCUGCUCAUAUGUCUGAUGCCUGUACAGGACCUUCGAAAAUUGAUAUAAUGAAUGUAAUAAGUUUAGAGUUUUCCGGAUGUCUUUAGAUUUUAUUUCAGGUAAUGGUUUUCUACGUGGUUUCCAAGGCUGAUAGAAAUAGUUUUAAAGCUGCACCUGAGGUUUCUGCCGUGUGAAUGCUGGAAACACCCUAAUCUUAUUAGCAGUCUGAGCUCCAGGAACGCUCAUUGUUUUAUCUAAGUUUUCGCUUUCAAGUUUCACAUCUUUUGGUUUAAAAUUCAAGUAAAGCUGUAGGUAUAACCCUAAAAAGUAGAUUUUAUAGAGAUGAGAAAAAGCACACUAAAAAUAGGCCUCACCUUUUGUACAAGACAUUAAAGCAUCAGCAGUAAGACAGAAAACAUUGCUUUAAGCUAAAGCAUGUAAGCUGAAGUCAAAAAAUGUUUCGUACAAAGUUAAGUGUGUAUAUUUCAUGGUAGCUAAUUAUUCACAAACAGUAAAAUAAUUUAUAAAAAGCACUGCUGAUUUAGUUAAUUUCCCCCAAAAAAUGUAUUACACCAUGCAAAAUGUAUAUUGCACAUUGAAAAUUGAGUAUUGCAUCCUCAGUAAGAAGUUAAAUAUUCAUCAAGUAAACAAUGUGUGUUGCACCACUAAACCAGCAGUAUAUUUCCUACGAGGUAAUCCAAAAGGGCAAAGUUUAAAAGUUCACCAGAUGUAACUCACAAUAAAAAGGUAAAUUGUGUACAGUAUAAAAAUCAUAAUUUGGGAUAAAAAAAACAACAAUGCACAGUAAAAAUAUAUAUUUAAUUUUAACUUAUAAUAGUUGGUGGUAGUUAUCAAAAAUGCACAAGAAAAAAUGCAAUAAUUGCACAGAAGGUAACUUACUGCACCAAAGAUUGUGCUUUGCAUGCUACAUUUUAUGUACUGGCCAAAAAGAGAAUACUGGACAGUAACAAAGAUUAUUUGCAUCAUGGUACAUAUUGUACAGUAAAUGCAUGGUAAAUUGCACCAACAUUUUUUUUAUUGUGCAAUUGAAAAACAUUUCCUGUGAGUAGCUGAAUGCAGGUCAUGUGUAUUUUAUGUAAACAAGGAGUGUAAGUAUUUGGCAUUGAUGUAAAAACAUCUUGCUUAUGGCAUUGUGGUUAAAACUGUGACUGAAAUGGCCUUUAAAUGUAAUUUGUUUUAUAAUUCCUAAAAGUAGGAUUAUGGUUAGUAAAAUAAAUACACUUUGGAAUAGAUAAAAAAAACUGUUUUGAUUAUUUUGCAGAUUAAAUGUAAAAUUAAAACCCUUUUUAUCACAAAAAAGAGCUAUACCUCUACUUCAAACAUCCUAGCCCAAAUCCAAGGUCACACAUAUUUGCAUUGUCAAUAUUACAUUGCAAUGACCUUCUCUUGUAAGGUGACCUUGAGUGCUUUAAAAGGCGCCUUUUUAUAAAAUGCAUUAGUAUUAUUAUAAAAGGGAUUUUUAAAGGGGAAAAACAGGAGGACUCACUGUAGCUGUCAUGGAGCGCAGGGAUCUUCGCCCUGCUCUGAAUUUUACAGCCACACUCUAAUUCUUUAUACAAGGUGCAGGUUUUUUACAGCAAGUCUGCCAAAUACAAUUCUCCAGCAUGCAUUAUUGACGAAUAUAGUUUGCUAUGAACAGUUUGAGACCUCGGUUAACCCUCAUGUGGAUUAAGAAUAAAGACUUUUUCUUCUCACUUGAAGCUACAAAUCAGAACACAGACUCUUCUCACUGUACUCGCUGGUUUUUGCUUCAGUAUUGACAGAUUUUUUGAAGGAUUGUCUCUCGUACUUCUCUCUCAAUAUAUAUUUUAUUGUGAUUACACAUUGUGCUCAGGCCAGCAGGCUAUAAAAAACUUAUUUUAGAGAGAAACUUGCUGCACGUUGCUCAGGUCUGAGCAGUGUUGUGUUGCGUGGGCGUGUUGCUUACUGCCUUGUCUGUUUCUCUUCCUGUCUCUGUGAGUCGAGCUGCUCAUAGAGAAUCUUUUCGGUUGGAAAACUUGUUUUCAUAUCUCUGUAGGCGACAGUGGGCAGGUGUUUUCUCACAGUUAAAGCCUUUUAAGCUAGCAGACUGACUGUAUGUGUUAACCAAGUGACAAAAAUGCUUAAAGCUUCCUGAAGCUCUGUUUACAUCUUUGGCAAGAGUCGAAGCUGAAGUAUUUUUGUGUACUUUGAAUUGUUAGACUCAGCAGCUCAGGAGGAAAUUGUUCGAAUGUGAAAACCAGUUUAUCUCUUAAGCACCAUGUUUUGUUCUUUUUUAUUAUUAAUAAGAAAAAAAAAUCAUCAAGGAGCAAUUUCCUAUGAAGACCCAUUUAUUGAGUCAGCUCUCGGCCCCGCUGCUCUGUCUAAACUCACAGGUGGAGAGACUCAGAGGGCUUUUGUUAGACUUAAGGGACGUAAAACAGCUGUGGAGCAUUUGUUUCAUCCUGGGGAUUAUCACGUGGCGUGAUAACCUCCAGAAUCUGACAAAUACAUGGGGUUGAGAUUAGGCCUGCAUAACGCAAAAAAAAAAUGCAACGUGUUACAUGUUUUUCAGUGUUGUGACAUGAGUAUGAAGUAAAUAAACCUAUUAAAGAGAGAGACUGAAGCUUGAAUGUCUUUCUGCUGUAUACUUAGUUUACACUAUACCUGCUUGAUGCAUGUUCCUCAUGAAUAAAAAAAAAUCCAUCAUGCAGUAUUAUUUUUUCCAAUGUCUUUAUUAUUAUUGUUUUUUUUUAAUUUACAUCAGUUCAUCUGAGAGUCACUGAUAGUUUGAGCUUCAUCUGUCUGCAUAAAUACAGUUGAAGAUCUCAUACGAUGAAGAACCAGUUUUUCUUAGAAAUCCUGAGCUUUCAUGAGGCAAUUAAGGAUGUCUCCUGUGGUGAUGUAACAACAAGGAGUAUUUUUAUAAACCACUCCACUAAUUUUAACCUGAGAAAUGAUUUCAUAACAUUACUGCAACACUUCAACAGUUCCCUUAAACAGUCCCCUGCUCCUGUUCAGGCUUAGAUUCGGGAUCAUAUCAGUGGUAUACAAGAUUACGUUCUUCUGGAGCUCUCGUCGUAUUUGUUUUGCUGUUUUUCCGCCUCUUUUCCAGCAUUCAUCUGCAUUAACAUUACCAUAGCAUACCCCUCAGCUUGAUCACUACAUGGAUGUUGAGUUCAUAAACUGAGAGGCUGCAGAUCCUCCAAAGAGGUUUGAUUUGUGAUGUGUUUUUGCAACUGUAUUCUUUAAGUGACUGUAUUAAAAACUAUUCAGUAAAUUCAUACUUUGGUGACGUAUUUGAGAUUCUUCUGAUGAUUGAGAAUACUUGUGUUGGGAAAACCUUGUAAAUGUUAAUAGUUGUACAGCCCUUGUUAUUGAUGAUGUUUGCCUAGUUCUAGACUACAAAAUUUCAGUUAGGAAAGUUCAUAUUAAAGAGUGAUAUGUGUCUGAUUGGCUGAUUGCUUUAAUGACAUGGUAACACAGUAUUGUAUAGAAACAGAAUGGUUAGAUCUUUGUAAUAUGGUUUCAUAUCUUUCUGUGUAAAUCUCAUCUCUCUUUUAUUACUCUUCAGGGUUCAAAGAAGUCUAAUAGUUUCAUAGAAUUCCCUUUAAUUUGGUGAUGGGGAGGAUGAUGCAGUGCAGUGUUUGAGAGACUUCAUGAACUACAUGAAGCACUCUCUGGAGCAUUGGUACUUUUCAAAGCUUACUUCUUCAAGUUCCAGUACUUUUUAUUAAAACAGCACGGUUCACACUAGUAGAGCAAGUUACCGUAACUCGAUGUUUGUUUGUUUUUUUAACCUAUGAAGAUUAAAGUAGUGAGAGUGUUGCUUAGUUCCCAGCAGAGGGACUGAUCACUUCAUGCAUAAGUGAGAAGACAUCAGAUAUGACUCAUGGUUUGAUUCCUUUCAUAAUUCAGAAGGCUUUCAAAAAGGCUUCUCUCUGUGCUUUCACAGGACCCACAGGAGUCCCUGCUCACCCAUAACAGACACGUUUGACUCAUCUUAGGGUUCACCUAAUGAAACAAGAACAGCCCACGGCUGUGGAAACCCUGACAGGCAGCAGGAAGUGUGGGUUCAACAUGGGGUUCCAUAUGAAUAUGAUUUAUUUAGGUGUAUAAUUUAUUGAUUCAUAUUUUUUUCUGUUGCUUUUCAAGUCAGGAACAGACAGGGGGAUGUUGUGAGUGGGGUGGCCCCAGUCUGGAGUACUGACUCAUCCUGGGUAUUGGGUGUGUGUGCUCACACACAUUGACUAUUUCAGUGUCCUCUAAUCCUUCAUCUGCUAACAUGAAGGUAUCAUACAUAAGAUACAUCAGGCAAAAUCUGCCUUUAACUUGAGUGCUUCUCUAGACACACCCCUGGGAGAGGUAUGAAGAAGAAAGGGUGAUUUAAAAUUCACUCUUGUUUGAUUUCUUGUCUUUAUUAUGUAAAAAGUUCAUAAACAGCACCGAAGAUGGGUCAAGAUUUUCCACAGAGAACAAGAAGUCUGAACCUCAUUAACGAUUCUGUUUUAAAAGUUGGAAAUUUCACAGUAACAUCAGAACUGAGAGAGUAAAACUGAAGUCCAUGUCUUUAAAUGUAUUCAUAAAUUCAGUUUGAACAUCUUUUUCAGAGAGGUAUUCAGCCUCAAAAAACAUGAUUUUAUCUUUUGAAAUAUAUCAGAUUUAAACGCUUCACUUUAAAUUUCAGUAAACAGUAAAAACGCAUGGAUGCUAUCUGAGCUGACUGACUCAGUGCAGAGGAUGUGUGGGAGCUGCUGUUGCAGGCCCUUCAAAAAGUCUGAAUUUCUUUGUCUUCUGGUGGAAACUUUUUUUAGACAACAUAACCCUGUGUUGCUUAACAUUGGUUUAUACCCUCAAAACCUUUUAUUACCUCUCAAACAGAGCCAUUAAAGGAUUUUGAGCUAAGCAGUUUUAUGUGCUUCAAAGAAGGCAUGGACAAUCAGGUCAGUUUUCUAUCUUAAGCUUUCAUUUUCCUUUCAGAGUUUUCAUCCAAACAUCAAACACAAAUCUUUGAUGGCAUUAAACCUACAGAGGUCUGUGCGUUAGACAGCUGACAGUCUCUGUUAACAGUGAGCACAAAUGUAAAGAGGCUUACAGAGCGACACCAGGCUUUAUGAUUAAAUGGUUUCUUGAUACCUGAUACGGAUUUAAGACGGUCGUGGAGACAUUUCCCAAACUAUCCCCAGUGUCAAUGUUUGUGUUUUAUAAAGUAUGAGAAAAUUCUAGUAUAUUAAACACAACAGGUGCUACUUUUCCUUCCUGAUUAUUUUUGGUUGUGAAAGCCUGAAGAGUUUCACACAGAGAUGAGAUCAUCAAUAAUGUUAACCAGGUGUCGGUUAGCAUCUACAGAGUGUGUGUGAGAGAGAGAGGGUGUGUGUGUGUGUGUGUGUGUGUGUGUGUGUGUGUGUGUGUGUGUGUGUGUGUGUGUGUUAGUGGUAAGGCCAUGUCUUAAACAGCCUCCUCUCUCUCUCUCGUCCAUCUUUUUGAUUUUCUCUCACACAGACACACACGAGUAUCAGCUCUUGUGGUCAGAGCUGCUGCUCACUGAGCUCACUGUGGUGAAGUCCCACAGAAACAGUGUGGGCGUUCAGCUUUCCGGGUUGAUAUCAUUUGUAUUUUCUGUAUUCAGACCAGUUUUACUUCGAGCUUCCAGUGCAAGUAUCAUGAAACGACAUCAAGUUUGUGCUCUGCUGAUGUGAUACUAACGGUCAUAUUUAUCAGAUUCACCUGGGUCAGGUCUGUCAGGACUACAUUAGGACCCCUGGAUCCAUGAAUAUGGAGUGAUCAGGGGUCGUUUGUUUUAAUGAUAAUAAUAAUAAUAAUAACAAUAAUAAUAAUAAUAAUAAUAAUACAGUUGAUAGUGCAUGGUAAGGCAGCUUUACUUGCAUUUUGUUCUCUGAGACAAUUAAACACAUCAGUGUCAUGAAAGAACAUAAGAAAGAUGUAGAAGGUGAAUUCAAACAAAAUACAAGUAUUAAACAGUUUCAAUUCACCAGAUUUUUUAGAACAAAAGUGCAGACUGAAGGUAAAAUAAUCAGAAUUAAAUUUCAAUAAAUGUAAGUGAAAAAACAGGAAUGAUAGCAAAAUGAAAAUAGAGCUGAAAGAAACAGAUAUUUGAAACUACAGAAGCAUAAAUAACACUUGAAAACAGACAGUUAUUGUUAAAAAUGAAUCAAACCAGGGCUGAGGUUAAAAUAAGACUAAAGAUGACAAUUUUUAUCACAUUAAAAGAGAAACAUAUGGUGUUGUAAUGUCCUUCUAUAAACAUCCAUGUCCACUGUAUAACUGCACAAACUCAAUGUGAGUUCAGUACAUGCCUCUGUAGAUGUAGCAUGUUAUGUUUUUAUGUUUUAUUAGAAAUAAAAACUUGUACUGUCAUUGAUAAAAAAAACCCACACAUUUAUAUACAAUAAAUGUGUGUAAAAAGUAGUAAUUGUCUGUUUCUUGCGUUGUCAGUCGCUGUGGUUUCUGUUGUGGGUCGUUGCUGUAGAUUUUGUGUUUUUCAUUAGCUCACAGGAGGAGUAACAUUCUGGGCUAAAAUCAUCACUCGUGAAGAGGAUGUGUCCUCAGCAAACACCAGCUUUACCCAUUUCUCAGUCUGGCUGUUGAGACACAUAAUCAGGGUACAUUUGUGGGUGAGUUGAGGCUCACAGUAAAAUAAAAGCAGCUGCUCUACAAAUCUGUACUCAUUAAAUCUGAAUAUAUAGUCAUGCUGCUUUCAAUCCUGCAGAUUCACUCUCUGUAGCACCUCCACCUGUCUGUCCCACAGGAAGCACAGCUCAGGGCUUACUGAGGAAGCUCCACGCUCCCCAGAGAUUAAAUCACUUCAGCGUGUACCAGCGCUUAUCUGUGAGCGGUGGCUAAUUAGAUUUUGUGGCGCUGAUAUGAAUUAUCUGAUCUGCUGCUUAUCAGAGACGCCUCCAGGUGCGGCUGAGGUAAGAAUGGGAACGAAGACCGGUAAAAUCUCUGCUUGUUUUUCUUUUAAUCUCUGUUGUUGCAGUAAAUAUUGAGAAACCAUUCUUCCCUUCAUUCAUUCACGACUUUACAAGUACAUUCAAGUCAAGACAAAUAAUCACAACAGAAGACAAGUGCUGAGAAAAGGAGGCAAAUUGACACACACAAAAAAAAAUCAAAGCAGUAGUACAGCUACAUCUAAGAAGCUGAUUUGGCCUGUACAGUACAUGAACUCAGUGUUUAAGAAACCCAGUUUGUGUUUGAGCUUGAGUGCUUUUAUUCUGAAGGGACUCUUAAAGCACUUCUGCAAGAUCAUAGAGAUAUUAAGUAAAAACAGCUGAAAAAUGUAGAAGAUAUUAACACCAGAAAUAUGCAGCAAGUAGCUUACUAUAUAAUACAAAGCCAUCAUUGUCUGUUAUUUGUUGGCCUUAGAUGCAGGGCAUAUGUUGUGUAGCAUAGCCACCCUCUACAAGCCUUGGCUGUCGCUCUGGUCAGUGUCAGUAUCUUGUAGAGAAUCACAGUCGGAUGGUAUGUUAAUGUGGAAAUCUGGGGUUGCAUCUUCAGCUGAACAAACUUCACUUGCAGUCGCCUCUAUCCCACAGAUUUUUGUUGUCUUGUGAGGUACCGUAUGUACAUCCUUGUGCUACAUGGUUAUGAAUAGCAGCCGCUUGAUAUAGAUGAGUGACUAUUUCCAGAGUAACUAUGAGUCUUAAGUUCAGGUAAAGAGGAGUCACUGGAUUCCCUUCGCUGAAAGGAGUCCGUGUAAAUGUCCUCCUACACACACACAUUCACUGCUGUGUGAGCUCAGGGGAACUGCUGGUUUCUCAGAUUUGUGAUGUGUAUUGUUCUGCCCCCACACUCAGUGAGCCACACAGGGUGUUACUCAAUUCUGUCUUUCUCAGUUCCUGAUUGAGACAUUAAUACGAGUUACUCACUGAUUCACCAUGACCUUUCACAUUAAAGAGGAAGAGAGGGGGAAAAAGUAUCAAAUAUUCUCUUGAAAUUAAAUCAGUUACCGUGCGAUGGUCCGGAAACUGAGUUGAAAAAAUUCAUUGUUAAACAGUGAGUUCAGACCAAAUAAUCUGAUUGGACAAGAGGUCGUGCACGUGCGUUGAUGUGAAGAACAGCAGCUCUUCUCUCACUGUGAGUCAGUCUGCCUCAGAACGCAGUUUGUUUUACAGUGUUUGUCGAGGUAACUCAAAGCUUAAAAUCAGGUAAUAGACUUCAAUAUGACGUAAGGACAGAAAACAAAGUAAUACAUAAUAAUGAAUUAUAUAUAAUAUUUAUUAUGGGUCAUUAUUCUGCUCUAAUUUUGAUUAUUAAAAAAAACAAAAACUGAAAAACAUGCCCUCAUACUUGUUGUAAAGUCAAUGGUUAAAAUUCUUAAACACAAAAAAAUUACAUUUCUCACAAACUAAACGCACUGAGUCAUGCUCACUUUCUCAUCUGUAAUAUCUGUUACAAAAAAGUUGGAAAUUAAGUAUUGAAAAGGAACCCAAGCCCAAUCAGUUUAAUUCUUUUCUCUAGUCGUUUUUGGGAUUUUUUUUUUUGUUAAGGACAGGCAAAGAGACUUUCCCCCAGUCAGUCAAACCAUUAUAUACCAAUUUUUUUUGGUGAGAGAAUCAGUCUAAAGAAAUAGCCCUGUUUUUACAAUUUCCACUUGAAAUAUUCACAAUAGAUGAUUAAUUGGAUCACAAGUCAGCAGGUUUAUGCGGUGUGCCAGAAAAGCAAAUAGGGGGCGCCAAUGUUGAGACAAACCGAAAGUUCCUCACAGGAGCUUUAAGUGAUAAUGCACCCAGCUCCAUGAAUAUUUUUGCAUGAUAAAACCUAUUGCAUUUGUUAUCCAAUUUGGAAAAUCAUGUUAUUUGUUUAACUGUUUAACUUUCUAAGGCUGUUCCAAAGUUUGACUCCCAAAACUAAAUCAUAUUUGUAUUUUACGUGAUUUCUUUUCUGAUGAUCAGUACCUUGCACUCUUGCUGGUUUUAUAUCUAAAAAUUGACUUGACCAGAUACAUCAUACUAAUAACAUCCUAUUUUCACCUUAAACUGACUAUUUCAGUUAAAAGUAACAGGUUAGGUGAUUAGGACUCUAACUUUCUGUUGACAUUUCUGUCCUCAUUGAGCUCUCCUCAGAGUUAAAGUAGUGCUAUUUCUAUACUGUUGGUGAUAUCACUACCUUUACCUGGUUAAGUUACUUUUUUAGUAGCUGACCACUCAGGAAUGCUCUCACAAUCUCUAAUGCUGGUGCACAGAUUGCAGGACAAAAAUGUUUGAGGCCCAGUAGCUCCCCAGGCUGCUCUCACAUCUUUGCUCACCUACUGUCAUUAUUGCCACACACUCAGGACCAGUUUGAGAAAUGUAAACAGGCUGUCAAAGAGUUGCUUUUGCUGCUGAGAAUUAACAAUACUUUUUAAGUGAUUUUGACCCUUCAAAAUCAAUCACCAGACACAGCCAGGAAAAACGUUGACAGAUUUCUUAGAGUUGAUUUAGAUUAAAGCAGAUUUAAUGUGUGAAGCUUUAAUCCAAUGCUCAUAUGUGGUUUUAUUUUAAUGUCUAAGAGGACAUAGUAAUUAUAACACCUUCUUAUGGUCCUUUUUUAAAUUUUUGACUCAAAAUUAAAAGCAGUUUUAUGUUGACGUUAGUUUUUAUAUGAAACUAUAUUAAGUUUCUCUUGACCAGUAUCUAUUGCCUCUUGUGAUGUUUUACCUCAAACAAAUGAUGAUUCAGGAAGUUAAAUGAAUCAGAAGUCAAAAAUUAACAGAUGUGCUGAUUUGGAUGAGAAUACAAUACUUUUCUCAGUCACCUGAGCGAGCACAGAGCAAAAAAAAACUGCAUUUUUAUUUGACAUUGUGAGCUGCUGAAUUGCUGGUAAGAUAUUCACUUCAGUCUGCAAAACGCUGAAUAAUUCACCGGGUUUCUUUUUCCACAACCCUGUUUGUCCUGAGCUCUUGUGGCAGUUCUCUUCAGUCGACAACUUUCAAACUUUUCCACCUUUUUUUCUUUCCCUGACUCCAGCUGUUUCAGACUUUCCAAAAAAGUGUGGAUGCAGAACAGUUCUCCUUUUAUUGACAGAAACCUCCUGAGGAUGCAGACUCAUGUACAGAGAAUUAGAUCAGUGUGCUCCUCGGCACACUCUGCUGCAUUUUGACUGACUGCACUUAUUCAUUCAUAAGAGCUGAUCACUUAUUAUGAAAACAAAUCUGAAAGUGUUGUUGAAAGAAAGGACAUAAAUAUGUGUUUUAAAAAGCGUUUGUUUGUGCUCUCUUACAGACUAAAAGCUCUGGUGUCAACAGGAGGUCGGAGUGUACAAGCAGCAUGUGACUGGUAAGUUUCAACUACUUAUGUGUAGCCAAAACGUCCACGCCAGAAGUCUGGGAGGAUAAGUGAGUAUCAUACUGCCCCCUACUGUAGAGAAGUGCAUUAUGUUGUUCUCAGUGACCAGAAAGUCUCUCACUCUGUCUUCUAUGGAUAAUUAGGGCCCGAGCGUAGCUGCUAAGCAGCUGCGAGAGCCCUAUUAUUCCCCAAGGGGUUUUUCUUUGUUUCUUUUUUCUUUUUCCUCCCCUUUGAACUGGAAAAUGGCCCACUUCCCACUGGCGAAAACUCAUGAAAUUUGGCAGGACGACCGGGCCUGGUGAAAAAUUUGAUAUUCCGAAGUCGCCCAAACAAGAAAAUGCAAAAUGGCUCCAUAGCGCCCCCUAAGGUGAAAAUUCACACUAUUGAGUGUCACGCCUGUACGCUUUGUCAAAAUGACACAAAAUUUGACACACACAUGUAUCUCAAUAAGAUCUACAAAAAAGUCAGUGCGGGCGUAUCUGUCAAAUGUACGGUUAAAGGGUUAUUUCGCAUUUUUUGCCGAUCCGCACACAUUGGAAUUUCGCUAACUCCUCCGAAGGCUUUCGUUCCACCGGCACCACAUUUGCUCAGGCCAAUCUACACCCCAUGGCCAUUAAAAGUUAUUCAAAUCAUGACGCUGCACCCCACGGUUUAGGUUCUAGGGGGCGCCAAAGAUAACCCUAAAAUCCACAUAUUUAAAAGUCUUAUAACUUUUUAUUUUUGCCCUCACUGGCCUCCAAGUUUUCUAGGAUGAUGCAAUGUCCAGCCAUCAACACAUUUGUGAAGGAAUUUUUACUCCCCAAAAGAGCGCCCCCCAUGGCAGGAGAAAAAAGUCCAUUUUUUCUUGUCCCCUAAGGUGAAAAUACACAUUGUUGAGUGUCACGCCUGUACGCUUUGUCAAAAUGACACAAAAAUUGACACACACAUGUAUCUCAAUAAGAUCUACAAAAAAGUCCAUGCGCGCGUAUCUGUCAAAUGUACGGUAAAAGGGUUAUUCCGCAUUUUUUGCCGAUUCGCACACAUUGGAAUUUCGCUAACUCCUCCGAAGGCUUUCGUUCCACCGGCACCACAUUUGCUCAGGCCAAUCUACACCCCAUGGCCAUUAAAAGUUAUUCAAAUCAUGACGCUGCACCCCACGGUUUACGUUCUAGGGGGCGCCAAAGAUAACCCAAAAAAUCCACAUUUUUAAAAGUCUUAUAACUUUUUAUUUUUGUCCUCACUGGCCUCCAAGUUUUCUAGGAUGAUGCAAUGUCCAGCCAUCAACACAUUUGUGAAGGAAUUUUUACUCCCUAAAAGAGCGCCCCCCAUGGCAGGAGAAAAAAGUCCAUUUUUUCUUGUCCCCUAAGGUGAAAAUACACAUUGUUGACUGUCACGCCUGUACGCUUUGGCAAAAUGACACAAAAAUUGACAAUCACGUGUAUCUCAAUUAGAUCUACGAAAAAGUCAAAGAGCGCGUAUCUGUAUAAUGUACGGUAAAAGGGCUAUUUUGCAUUUUUUGCCGAUUCGCACACAUUGGAAUUUCGCUAACUCCUCCUAAGGCUUUCGUCCCACUGACACCAAAUUUGCUCAGGCCAAUCUACACUCCAUGGCCAUUCAAAGUUGUAAAAAUCAUGACGCUGCACCCCACGGUUUACGUUUUAGGGGGCGCCAAAGAUGACCCAAAUAUACAUUACAGUAGACAAAGUAGUUUUGCCCACUGAGUGGCGCCAAAGGGACUUGUCUGUGGAGUCUGUGAGUCACUAUUGGCCGUUUUUGACUACUUUAGAUUUUACCUUUAUAUUUCCUCUUACAAAAUUUUUACCUUGCCUUGCCUGGUAUCAUUUUUUUCAGCACAACCUCACCUGUGUCAAUUUACAGUUAUUUUAUCAUUUUGACAUACUAUAUUUACACAUUGGACCCAAAUUCACACACAAAACAUAAAAUCCGAGUGGAAAAAAGUAACGUUUUUACUGUGAAAACCACAAAUAUGUGUGAUGAACUGUUUUUAAAACUUAAACUUCAAAUAAAAAUUGUAAACUUCAAAACAUAUGCAAAUUUUUAACAAAGAACAUAGUAAUUUACCUCUAUUGACAUCAAAAUGCAGGCAAUGGCCCAGGUGUUCUUUGUAAAAUUAUUUACAAAACACUGUAUAGUCUCACAAAUGUCACUUUUUAUUUAUGCCACUACAAAAAAACAUGAUGUAAAUGAUGCAUGAUGUAAAACAUGAUGUAAAAAACUUGUGUAGAUCCUCCUCUAUGUUAGUCCAUGUGUAAUUUUUCCAUAAUUCUUUGUUUUUUGCAGCAUUUUUGUUAGUGUAACUGCAGAUUGUGCUGACAGUGUCUAUGGCAAAAAAAAAAAAAAAAAAAACUGAAAAUGCCUCAACAUGAACCCCUGGUGGUCUCUGAGGGUGAAACCUGCUAACUGCUGCAGCUCUGUCAGCUUCAGUCUCCCAUGCAGAGCUCGGAGCGCAUGUGUGGCUCUGCACCCUUAGCAGCGUUGCUAACUCCUCAGUAAGGAAAGCCUGCUUCAUGUCAGAGUCUCUAAACUCCAGAAGAAGUCGAUAAAAGUCACUUUCUUUCUAAAAAAGUCGUUAGGGGGUCUGAAAAGUCAUUGAAUCUAACAACAAAGUCGCUAGGUUUGCAACUACGUGUCCCAGACUGCAUCCCUGCUGAGAGUCCCUCCCUCCCUUCUCAUAUUGCAGGAAGAACGUAAGUUCCCGCCCCUUGUCAAUCAGUUACCAUAUAAUUUUGGAUUGGUUGUUGUGGUGAAGUUUUCCACCAAUAGGAGAGAUGUUGUGGUGUGUAUUUUUUUUCCUUUGGCAAGCCUUUUCCGCCUGUAAGACCUGUCGCUAAUGUCUGCAUGCUAUGUUUUCCUGUCUCAUACAGCGCAAUCGAGCGCCGAACGUGAUCAAAAUAAGCAGAAAACAAGUAUCGCGGACAUAAUUUAUCAUAACUCUGGUUUUAUUUGGCCUAUCAACACAAUUUAAAAACUGGUAUAUAGGUUGAGGUCCUCACUUUUGAGAUAAAUUGAAACGGAGAGUCAACGAGGCUCCGUCUUGCAGCUACAUCCGGUUAAAUAUGUCAUGUGACUCGAACGCACACACACACACACACACAGACACACACACACACGCACACACACACACUCAGAAUCUGGUUUGUAGCACCUGCAAAAACAUGCUAUUUACAUAUUUGACAAGAAUGCAGAGGCUCCUUUUGCCCCUGAAAAAAAUCAAAUUUCAAACACAACUUGACUGGUCAUUUCUCCAAAAGACAACCAUGAAGCUCCAUCCAAACCUGAAGCAGGCAGUUGGUGCAUGUGUACAGUAACCUGAGGGGAGUGAGGUGACUGCUUCUGAGGAGAACAUGAGCAGUGAAGAUUUACCUUAGAGCUAGAACAGAGACGUGCACAUGAUUAUACAGGGGCAGGGGCUCAAGUUUUUUCCAGUCGUUUAUACAAUUUGGAAAUUAAUGUGAAAUUAAAACACAAAGUAUUAAUAGAAAGGUAAUGACUGUCCUGUGUAGGUGACAGUGAUAUCCAAUAGGCUAGGCACUCACGAGGCUGGCUGUGGCAAGUGUAAGUGAAAGCAACACGCACCAGCAGGAAGAACAGCAAACGCUGAUGAAGGAAAUGGGUCUUUGCAGUGAUGGGCGUUACCAGAGAGGGCGAUGGCCAGAGGACACAAAUGGGACGGGGAGGCAGCACGUUGGGGGGGGGACGCGACACAGCUCGGGCCCGCCAGUGCCCCAACGGGGUCCUAGUUUAGCCUUGUUCUAUUAUCUUUUUGUUUUAAUCAGUAAUCCACUUCUUUCUCUGCAUCAUAUGUUUUCAUAUACACACUCUUUUACCAGAAAAGUUCCAUUAACACUCAAAAUCUUAUUUUUUAACCUCAGAGGAAUGCAAAGUUUUAGACAUCAUUGAAUAAGUAAACAAAGAUCAUUUGAAGAUUAGAGGAACAGUGGAAAUGGAAAUGUGUAGAAAUAUCCAUCUGUCUGGCUCUAAACUAAAUGGUCCCUUUGGUCUCUUACUCACUCCUCCUGUUUGUGAAUCUAUGGUGGCCUUUAAGGACGAAGGAAGAAGCUCUUGUAAUGUAUGAUGAAUAUGGUCCUUCAUUAGUCAAUUUUUCACAAUCAGAAAUGUAUAAAAAGUUCAAGAAUCCAAGUCAGCAAUAACAACCACAUUGUUUAUAUUUAUGUGAAAUUACACCAGUUUAAACAGGGUUACAAAUAUAAUACUCCAGAUUCUACCAAGCACUAUACAUCGUACCGUUUUCAUAUUUGUUUUUGACAGCAUUAUUCAUCUGAAUGUUUUCCUGGUUAGUUUGUUUUAACAAGUUGUGAUAAAACUUGAUACAACUCUGACACAGCUCUGACUUUAAUAUGCUGUAAAGUAUGACAUGGAUUUAAUACUACUGUAGUUGUGGUUUAUUGCCUUGAAUAUUCUUUAAGCUUAGGGUGUACAGAUUUUAAAUAACUGGGAGAAAAAUAUCAAGUAGUAGACUGGUCUCUGUUCAGCUCUGAAGUUUAAGAUUUUUAUUUUGUUCCUCAACUGUUUCUACUACUCAUCUUACAAACUAUCAAGCACAAACAUGAAUGAACAAACAGGUCCAGACUUUGAGAACUAUCUGAUCAGAUGGAAGUUAUCAGGAGAUUAAAUUGUCCAGGUUUUACCAGGAUUUAAUCUCGUUUGUAUCGUUAAAAACUCGAGUAUAAUUUAAUCAUUAAGAUCUAAUAUCAAAAUGAUCCUGAUCCCUGCAAGGACUUGGAUCCAGACCAGAUUACAAGACUCUAAAAGGUCCAAAGGUCUGCUUAUAGGUCACUGUUUGGACAAAUGUUCAGGACAAGAGUGAGCUGUUUUACUUGAUCCUGAAUAGUUACAAGCACAAUUUGAAUCCUUUUAUUCAGAUUUUACCCCCUGAGUCCAGUUCCCUUCUCCUCUGUCUCUCCUCAGGCUGUUUUCCCACGUAGAUGACCCGUUCCUGGACGACCCUCUGCCCAGAGAGUUUGUCCUCUACCUGAGACCCAGCGGACCCCUUCAGAACCAGCUCUCCCACUUCUGGCAGCAGAGUCGGGUCACAUGUGGCAAAAACAAAGCUCACAACAUCUUCCCACACAUUACACUCUGCCAGUUCUUCAUGGUAAGAGUGAAAACUUUUUUCUCGCACAAAUUAUAACCAUUAAAGGUCAAAGGUCAUCAUACAGGAUGCCAAAAUUAACUGCCUCUCCAGUAAGCAAAUUCCACACAGCAGCCAGUGAGUUUGGUGAUUGGUUCAUUCUGAAAGUGUUAUAAAAGUUUUACAGACAAUGCUUUUGGCUAGCUUGUUAUUAAAUCAAUCAGCUUAACAGACUAUUUUGCUAAAAGUCUAAGAAACAUUCAAAGCAGAUACUAAACAUGAAAAAAGGAAGUUUAUUUUUGUUUGAAAUGUCUUAAAAUGACUAAAUAGCUACUGUGACAUAGUAGAGUUGGUACCCAUAAAACAAACAAACCUCUGUCAAUGCCAAACAUCAAAUUCUCAAUUAAAAGUAUCAUGUAGACCUUAAAAAUGAACAGGUUUAAAAAAUAUGGAAUGACCCUUUAAUGUUGCUUUCUUAUUCCUUUUCUCACUCAGUGUGCAGACCACAAAGCAGAAGGCUUAUGUGAGGCCCUCAAGGCCACCGUCCAGCAGUGGCGGGGUCGAUUUCCAAGCCCUCUUCCUCUGGAGCUCUACACAUCCUCCAACUUCAUCGGGCUGUUUGUGGAGGAGCAGGUCGCAGACGUCCUGAAGCAGUUUGCAGCCGAGUUCGCGGCAGAAGCAGCCAGGAAAGCAGGUGGGCAGCAGCUUAUCACAUUACUCAGCGUGUAAUGUUUGCUGACAAGCUCUCUCUUCCAGCAGUGGCAGUAAACGACAGAUUAGGAUGAAGGUCAUGUUUGGUUAUUAAAGCGCUCACUCAAUCUGUCCCUGCAGCCUUUUUUAAACACAUGAGACCAACUGCCAAACAGCAUUUCAGGCUGCUCAGAGCCAAAUCAGAUUAGAGCUGUGCAGUUAGCUCUGACGCUCUGUCAUAUCUCUGUUUCAUGGUGGGGAGAGAGGUUUGAGCGCAUCGACCUCAGACUGUAUAAAUAGAUGGGUGACUCACUGCACCUCAAGAGUGAACCCAAAGCAUUUGGAACUCCCCAUACCGACUGUCUGCAGUAUAGGUGAUAAACCUGCCCUCUCCAUGUUGACAGAUGAGACAUGAGCCAAACUCUAAAUUUAAGAGCAAGUCUGAUCAAAUUCUGUUUGUCUUUCAGGUUAGCUCUUAUUAUGUGUCAUUAUAUGUCAAUGUUUGACCAGAAAAGUCAAAUUUCAAUCAGCUUUUUGAUGAUGUUUAAAGAAGAAUAUUACUGUGAUUGACAGAACUGUUGACAGAUGGCGUUCCUGUGGUGCUGUAUGCACCAGACUUGCAGAGUAGAUGAGGAGCAAAGAGAGUCAAUGAACUUUACAUAACUGUGAAUGUCUGCUUCAAACUGCUACAAGGCUGCAGUGGACUGUACCAAACUGAAGAAUCUUUGCUGGUUUGUUGAACUGGAUAUCUCUGCAGCCCCAGAGUCUGCAGAUUCAGGACUCCUUUUCUCAGACUGCAGUUGUACGACCCUUGUUGUUUGCAGCAGCACAAUCUAGUGCAUCGGAUUGCCAGCAACUGUAUACUAAUGCUACGUUCCAGUUGUAAUCAGAAGUUAGGAUUUCCGAGCUCUGAGUCGGAAAUUCAUCUGGAACACCCCCCUGAAGUCAGAUUUCCGACUUGGAAAGUCGGACAAUCCUCACCAACCCCGACUUGAAGACAACAUCAUAAUCCAAGGCUGCAGCACAGUGCAUCAACAGUAAAGAGUAACAAUGAAAGCACUCGUGGUGUAUUAUUUAUUAGCACUUCUGUUUUGUUUUUGUGAAAUUGAAUAAGUGGUAUAUGUUGUACUGCCCAAUGUCUAACUGUGAACACGGUGCUACGGUGUUUGCACACGUGUAUCAUUGUUUUAACGAGGUUAAAAUCAUGUAUUGAAUUAGCAGUUCAACCUCAUCACCGUCAGCCAAUCUUUGCACGGGUUCUGGAUCCAAAUGUGCAAGAUUACAACACCUGUGACAAAAGCUAGUUUGUCCUCACUUUUGUAUAACAGCUGUGCCAUCCUUCUGUAUAUACAGUCAAUUGUGUUCACAAAACCUAUUAUGGAGUUUCUGGGUGAUGUCUGGUUACUACCACUCAUGUUUUUCUGUGGUUUUACCUCUUUUUCAUCUCAACUUUUUGUUUAGAUAACAUUAGUUGCUUUUUAUUUCAGUUAAUGAUUGUGAUAUACUGAAUGUACUCGACAAAUCUUUAAAAAGCCUCAUCUUUCUUCUCUAGAAGUCCAUGUGGAGCCUCACAAGAAGCAGCUCCAUGUAACUUUGGCCUACAAUUUUCCCACCAAUCACCUCCCGUCUCUGGAAAAACUGGCCAAAGGCAUCGAGGUGAAACUGGGCUGUGAUUGGCUGGCAGUGCUGUUCUCCCGGGACAUUCGAUUUGCCAACCAUGAGGUAGAAAAUGUUUAACUGACCAUGUUUUUUUUUAUUGUUGAACAUGUUUGGAAGAUCUAGUUUUCAUCUGCUGUUUGUAUGUUUUAACUUUUAAUCAUUGUUCUGACGGAAAAAGAAGGGGUGCAAAAAAGCUGAACAAUUGCUGAAUGAUGUCAAAUUGAAAACAUGCAAAAACAGCUGCAGUUACUGAGGCUGUUAUUUUGCAGCAUAUUCCCACUGUUUUAGGUCCCCAUGGAAGGUGGUCCCUAAAAAUGUCCUGAAAGCUGUAAAAUAUUAAAAACAGCACUUUGCUCAUGCAACAAAAUUACCUGAUACCUGAACACUGUGAAGCUCCAGACAGUAACUUCUACUCUGUCCUGUUGUGUUUCUGCAGACCCUGAGAGUGAUGUACCCCUACCUCCCUCAAAACGACGACGAGCUGGAGCUGAUUCCAGGUGAUUUCGUCUUCAUGUCUCCGGUGGAUCAGGCUAGCACCAGCGAGGGCUGGGUGUAUGGGACCUCGCUGGCCACGGGGCUGUCCGGCCUGCUGCCUGAGAACUACGUCAGUCUGGCUGAUGAGUCUGACACCUGGGUCUUCCACGGGUGAGUAGAGAGCAAUUAUUGAGAGACGGAGGAAUGGCAUCAGCUCUCUACAUGAUUAUGACAUAAAAAGAUGAUCUGUCAUCAAAUAUCAGUCAAUAGGAUCAGAGAUUAAUGUGAAAUAAAUUAGGGCUGAGCGAUAAACCGAAAAUUUACCGAUACCGAAAUUUACAACAGUAGACGAAGUUAAUGUGGGAGGGGGUGAGCAGCUUUUGGAGUAGUUAUCGUCCAUUUAUCAUUAUCAAGAUGGACUGCUCAAUAUAUCGUAAUUUGAGGCCAUAUCGCCCAGCCCCAAAAUCAAUUCCUGUGGCACCUUAACUUUUACUGAUUAUUUAUAGAAAUGUUAAACUGACGUCUAUCUUUUUGGCUCUCCACAGAUCUCACUCGUUCUUUAGCUGUGAGCCCAGUGACAGGACCAGCAAAGACAGAGGGAUGUUUGACGGACUGCUGGACAGCCGACGCACUGAUAACACGAGUCCUGGAGACACACCCACCCUCAGUCUUAUCUGUCAUCCCAUGCAGGUACUUCUGUGUUCGCCACAGAUUCCUUAGAGUCUUUGCAGCUAGCGUUGCACAUUUCUCAAAUCGUUUCAUCGCCAUCAGGUCCUGCGGAUCAGCGGGAGUCACUCUCGGCAGCCAAAGAGGACGCUUUUUGUGUGCCGACAUGGUGAGAGGAUGGACGUAGUCUUUGGCAAACACUGGCUCACCCUCUGCUCCGACAGUAAAGGUGAGAAGUUUUGUUUUGUUUACAGCUUUUAAAAAAAACUCUUGUAUGGUGGAUCUUUAGAAGUCAUUGUCCCUCUUCCUAACUUAAAGCUCCUUUAAUUCAUGUGUUUGUUUGUUUUUUUGCUGUGCAGGUAGAUAUGUCCGUUCCAAUCUGAACAUGCCUCCCAGUUUGCCGCUGUGGGGAGGUCAGAGGGAUUAUGACAUGGACGCUCCCAUCACUGUGUUUGGAUCCACACAGGCUCGACUUGUAGGUGCGUCACCGGCAAAGAUCUGAUCACUGUUCAAGGGUAUGAAAGAAGGAUUAUGAAUGAUUGAUCUGUGCUUUUCCAGGUGAGGCCCUGUUGGAGAGUAACACUGUGAUAGACUUUGUGUACUGCUCUCCUUCACUGCGGUGCGUUCAGACGGCGCAGAACAUCCUGAAAGGUAAGAAGCAGAAACAUUCAUUCAUGCUUUUACAUAAUUUGAUCUCUGAAAGGGCUAAAAAUAAAGUGAGCAGGAUAUGUGUCAUUUCUAAACUGUGCUGGUUUGAAUCAUGGUUGUGAUAACAGGCCUGCAGCAGGAUGGAAAGCUGAAGGUGCGAGUGGAACCGGGACUUUUUGAAUGGACCAAGUGGGUCUCUGGGAACUCACUACCUGCGUGGAUCCCUCCCACUGACUUGGCUGCAGCUCACUUCAGUGUGGACACAACAUACAGGUCUGCAGAAACACACACUCUGUUCUCAACUUGUGAAAAACUUGGACGUGGUUUUUAUAAGUGCUGGUUGGUGCUUGUGUCCAAACAGACCUCUGAUCCCAGUCAGCAAGCUUACAGUGUCCGAACCCUUUGAGACCUACAUGAGCCGGAGCUACCAAGUGACCAAAGACAUCCUGUCUGACUGCAAAAACACUGGUAAGAAACUCUCUGCAGAGCUCCAGAAGGUUUGGGGAGUUGUGUAGCUGAACUUUUGUUUUAUUGUUUGACUUUCUCAUGAGUCUUCUCUGUGCUGAUGCUGCAUCCUGCCUGGGUUUCCACACUCUCUGUGCAGGAAACAACGUGCUGAUUGUAGCCCACGCGUCCUCCUUGGAGGCCUGCACACGCCAGCUGCAAGGCCGCAGCCCACCGAGCAUCAAGGACUUCAUUCAAGUAGUCCGAAAGGUCUGUUCACUGCAUGUCCAUCUGAUUUUUCCCUUUAGGUCCACCACAGAAUGUGCUGUCCAUAAGUACCUCCUCCUUCUUGCUGCUUGGUCUUUUCACUGCAUUUCUCCCUGAUAAAGUGACCAUUCAUUCCUGUUUUUGGACCUCAGAUCCCGUACCUGGGCUUCUGCUCGAGUGAGGAGCAGGGAGACACAGGGGUGUGGCAGUUGGUGGACCCUCCUAUCAUGCCCCUCACUCAUGGACCAAACCACAGCUUUGACUGGAGAGAGACACUUCUGCAGGAAUGACACCGGCCUGCUUUGCCAGCCUGAUGGAGCUGCACUCUCACAGAGGACGUUUUAGACUGCUAUCUGCUGAACUUCUGGAUCCUUCUUGAGUGGAGUUGCAAAGACUUGUCCUUCUAUAAGACAAAAAAACGAGACUUAGCCAGAGGAACUGUUGCUGCUCUGAUGAAGUCCCUGAAAUGAGGCUGGUUUCAACCAUUUAACAAAAACUCUCUCUCAAAUAGUUUCAUUGCAACAUGUUUUUCCUCCAUAAUGAGGGAGAUUCAAGCAGCUCUCAGAGCUGAAUAAAGAGUCAUUCCAGCAUCAGAACAUUUUGUUGGAUCAGCAUGUGUUAUAAUGUGCACAAAUUAGUGAGAAAAACCUGAAUGUAACAUGAAGUGUGCUGGACUUGGGUGUCAUGUAACACUGAUGCAAUGAUAUCUAAAGCAAAAAACGUUUAAGUCUGAGAUUUUCAGCUUCAGUCAAGCAGCAGGUUUUAUUUUCUCUUCAAAAGUUCAGCAGAAUACUGAAUAGUGAGGUUCACGAAUCCAAACAGUUUAAGUUCAAAUCACCACAGAGCCCUGAAGAAGUCUGCAGGGACUGCAGGGUGUUUAAAGUCUCACAAUGAUCUUUUUCUACAUCCAACAAAGCUGUUGGUAUUGUACCACAAAAACAGGACUUUUGUAGAACUUAACAGCCGAAGUACAGGGUAGUAUUAGGUCAUAACAAUGUUAGGGUCACAAAGACUUUAUCAAAGAGGCAGAAAAGUUGACGUCUUCAAUCUGUAUUGAUCACUGUAUCAGCAUCACACGAAUCAAAGCCAAAUCCUCCUUCACAGUCAAUCUGACUCAUUCAAAGUAAAUCUCUUACGAAAAACCUGGAGUUUGUUUUGGAUUCGAUGCCAUUUUGUUCACAAAGCAAUGCUUCCUAAUUGCUCUCCCACACAUUUUAAAGUUGUGUUUUAAACACAGAGAUCUUAUCCUGCCAUUUUAACAGUAAGUUAUUUCACUCACUGAGUAUCUUAGCUGUGACAAAUGUAAAAAAAAAAAAACGUCUUUCCUCAGGGUGUCCCUACAGGUGCAGUGAGUGAUAUCUAACAGGAAUUAGCAGAACAGACUUGAUAAAUGAUAAAUGGACUAAAAUAAUCACAAAUAUGUUUAAAUUAGUGCAUAAUCAAAGUAAAGCAAGGUAAUUUAUGUAGCACAUUUACAGAGCAAGGUAGUUCAAAGUGCUUCACACAGCAUAGUAAAAAUAAAAUCAUUCCUCGAAUGUUGCGCUUCCAUGUUUCUACGGCAGCACAGAAUGGACAAACUUGAAAAAAGGCCCAGUCGAAAGCUGAAGAAGAAAGUGUGAAGAGUGAUUGUGCUCAAAAGAACUUGUUUUGAUGGUAAUAAUUUGAUUGAUGGAGGGUUGCUCUUAUCCAGCAUCACUGGCGCAUACUGUCCUCCAAGGCCACCGUUGCUUCACAAGUGGCAGGGGUGAGCAUGGGAGCUUUAAUCUUGAAUCUUUGAACCUGACUGCCAGAUAUCUCUAAAUGUUUCCAUUUCUACACACUGUACCAUUAAUCAUUUAGUCUGUCAGCUACUCCACAGCCAAUAUUUAAAACAUCGGAAUAACCAGUUCUUAUCCUGAGAGUCUUGUUUUACCGAAAGAUUUAGCUUUAAAUGGACUCUUUUCUAAAAACUGCUUACAGAAGCUUUAAAGAAAAUGUGAAAGUAACGACUGAGUCUGCGAGUAGAUCAAAAAACAGCGUUAGAUACUCUCUCUGCUGGUCAUUAGGGAGAAUGCAGGUGAAGGGCUCUUUCUUUUAGUGUAGUACAGUGGUUCUCAAGUCCAGUCCUUGAGGCCCAUGUUUCCCUGCUCCAACACACCUGAUCCAAAUGAUUAGCUCGUUAUUAAGCCAUUACAGAGGUUGAUAACGAGCUGAUCAUUUGAAUCAGGUGUGUUGGAGAAGGGAAACAUCCAAAACAUGCAGGACAGUAGGCCUUGAGGACUGGACUUGAGAACCACUGGUCUAGUCAUAAACCAGAGGUGAAGCUUCGUCCACUCCUUAUACAGUCUCGGGUAAAAAAGAAAAAAAAAGUAAGUUUUGACAUUUGGUCCCAGUUUGGAUUCUUUAGUUUGGUGUGUGAACCAUGAGCUUCUGGGCUUCCUGCAAAACCUCCAGCCCCUGACAGGAGCUCAAACAGAGCAUCUCCUGUCAUGAGGGAAAACUUAAACUCUGCUUGCUCUAAGUCCUCAUCGGGGACUCUUCAGAUACUCCAAACAAACCACAUAUUGUUUCCAGUUUAGCACCAUAUGUAGCACAUUCAGUACAGCUGUGUCCUCUCUCAUUCUCAUCUGUACAAAUGAAGCAACUUCAGCAGCACAACCUGCACUAUUGACAAUCAGACAGUAGCUCGUGUUUGUGGUCCAGCACAUUUUCAAGUCUUUGUUAAAUGUUAUUCAAAGGUUCAGAGGGGAUGUAGAUAUCCAUGUUCUGAAAAAUGUAUUCCUGCUGCUUUUUUUUUUGGUCAUAUUUUUCAAGCAAAAAUAUUAUGAAAAGAGGAUUUUAACUUCUUAUCGCAUGCAACUAUGUAUUUAUGCUCUUUAUCUCAGGUUUUGACUGCAUUGAUGACAUGAGUGUGUAUGCAGCCUUGAAAGUUAUUACACUGAUUGAGCCGCUGUGGCGUCCAAACAAAGACUGAUCAGUCGACGUGGAUCAUAAGAUCAUGUUCUCGUGACCGGAUUUGGGCGAUGAGGUGUACACAUAUCAUGAAGUGUCCUGUUGUGAUUGACAGGUUGGGAUGAUAAUGACUUGUUUGAAAGUGUCUCCUCCUCUACUGUCAUGUUUACUCUUAAUGGGACCAUAGUUUACCAAAUACAUGUCUAUCAUUUUGGAAGGCUUCAAAAUAACUCUUUAAAUCAUUAACUUACAAGGGAAAAGGUUCAUUUCUUCUUCUGGUGUCGUAUAAAUAAUCUCUGGCUGUGCCCUGUAGUCAUACUAAGUAUGGCGUCUUAUUAAGCGUAUAGCAUGUUAGCUGUAUAUGUUAAUGUCUGUCAUUUAAUUCUAUGAGCAGCCCAACCAGUGUGCAAGUUAUACCAUCAUAGUUUGGACUAGACAUGUGAAUGAUGAAGUCACAACAAAGAUGACAUGCAUUAGUAGUCUACAGCUCACUAACUAUCAAGUUAGCAUGCAGUAUGCAGCACAUACUUUGAGUAUGUAAGGUUGUAUGUUAGUGUGCAGUUUCAGACACAGCCUCAGUUGCGGUGGAGUCGCCCCCUACCGGCUAAAGGACAGAGUGCACUUUUCAAUGACUUUUAUUUCUGUAAGCUAAAGGCUGGAUGGACUUCCCGUAAAUAGUCAGUGUGUGUGAGUGUCUGUUGGAAUUGGCAGAGAUACAUGGUUCACUCAGGCUCAGGACACACACAUCACAUCACAUCAAACACGUAGCUUAAUGACGAGCGUGCUCCCCAUCACAGCCUCUUUUUGGACUCCUGUCAUAUUAUGAGCCACUGAGAGAUGUUUGGCUUCAUACAGGGCUGACUGUCUCUAACAUCAAGUGCUCUCUCUUUUUUUUUACAUACUUAAGCAGAAAAAUAAUUUCCCAAAGAACACAGUCACAGUAUGACAAGAUUAAAGUCCUAGUAUUGUGGGAAUAAAGUCUCAAGAUUUAGUAGAUAUUUGUGAAAUCCAGAGUUUUCCUGUUUGUAAAGCAGUAAUCCGUUACUCUUCUGUUAUCUCCCUCAAAGAAGCUAAAAAAGAAAAAAUAUUCUAUUAACAAAAUGACUUCUGAUAAUUUUGUUCUCAUAACUUUGUUACAAAACCACUUAAUUCUAAAAAAUACAAAUGACAUUAUUAUCAUAACAUAACGUUAUGCUCCUCACAAAACAACCUUAAUCUUUAAGCAUUUCUCAAAAAAUAAUGUCUUUCUUCUUAAAGAAAAACUUUGUUUUUAGAAAAAUAACUUAAUUCUCAUCAUAUAUCAGCUUCAUUUGUAUUAUUUUAUUCUCAUAUCAAUUUUGUUCUCGUAACAAAAUGACUUAUCGUUAUCAUGACUUUAACAUAAAGAUAACAAUAUAACGACUUUAACCUCAAAACAAAUGAACUCUUUUCUUUAUGAAAAUGUAACAGCUUUAUUGCCUGACAUAAAAACGUUUACCUGAAAGCAAAAGGACUGUCCUCAUUACAUUGACUUUGCUCUCAAGACAAAGUAACUUACUUCAAACCAUGACAUCUUCUUAAUAAUUAAAUAUUAAAAUGUAAAACUUAACUUUUAAAGCAUAAUGGCUUUAAUCUCAGAGCAGAAUAAGUAACUUCUCAAAACAUAAAGACUUUAUUCUUGUUGCAUAACAGUUUUAAACUGAUGUAAAAACUUUUAAUUCAGUCAGUUUUUUACAAAAAACUUUGUAAUUGUAACUAAAAGACUCUUCAUCGUGGUGUAUCACAGCUUUGUCUGAUAAAAAUGGAUUAUUGUCCUGUAACAACUUUUUUCUCUAUAAUAUAGAUUUUGUUCUCGUUAUAUAAUGAUUAUAAACUUGUUACAGAAAUGUUUUUUUUAUGACAUAACUUUAUUCAGGCAACACACCAACAUCAGGACUUGAUUCUUGUUGCCAAACAUCUUUCCUCUUGAGACAUUUGGACUUUGUUCCCACAACAUCAGGACUUUAUUCUGGUAAGACAGGGCUGAAUUCUUGUAACAUUGCGACUUUAUUCUUGUAACAUAACAAAUUUGUUCUCGUGAUAUCAGGACUUUUUGAGGUUAUACAACUUUUUGCUGCAAAAUCCUUGCCACAUAACUUAAUUCUACUGACAUUACGAACUUGUUGUGAACUUAAUAAGGUAACAUUCAGAAUUGACUCUGGUAACAUUAUGACUUUUGCUUUGAAACGUGCUGUAUAUCAGGAGGCUCUAACACUCUGUCAGCAGAAGAAGAAAAAGAGCCAUGUGAAACAAGAAGCUAUGUUGUUCAUGUUUUAUUUAUUGUCUGAACAUAUCACCAAAACGUGAAAAUAAUCAUUUUUAAAUCUGUUGUCUCUGUUUUGGAUGAAGCGUGUGUGCAGGUUUUAUGUUCAUUUAUAUGUUUUUGAAAUCAUCUUCUGUUGUUGGAAGUGUAUAAAAGAAAAGAUGUUUUUUUUCUUUUAAAAAGUUUGUGUUUUGAUGAAUUAUAGGCUCAGGUAGGAAAGUAAGGAACACGACAGUGCGGGAUUUGUGGCGACACUUUUUGUUUUUACUUCUCUUCUGACAAAAGAUGAAAAUAAAGUAUUUUUUUCUACAAAGCAAAAACAUUGUGAACCCGCAGGUGUGCAGUCAUGAUUCACCUGUUUCAGCACCGAUGCAAACUCUGUAGAAGCAAACAAACUCAAUAAAAAGCUACAUUCUUUUGUUUUGUGAGAGUAUCCUUGGUGAAAGAUGCUCUUAAACAACUGAUGUGCUGAUGACGGACAUUAUUAUGUAUGUUUUUUUUAAUUUAAAAAAAAUAUAUAUAUAUAUAUAUAUACAUUUUAGUUACAGACUCUCAUGCUCCUCAUGAUUUUGGUGAUUAAGUGGCUCAGCCCCUUACUGUUGACUAUUUUGAUGCUAGGAAGGGCUGGGCGAUAAAACGAUAAUGAUAUAUAUUGAAAAUUAAUUUCCCUUAAUAUCAAUAUAAAACAAGGUCAAUAUUCUUUUCGAUAGUCGGCAUUCUGACACGUUUUGGUAGACUAUACGAAUAGCCAAUGAAAAGGGGAUUUGCUCCGGGUCCGCACCGCGCUGAACCAAUCAUGUGCUGAAUAAGAACCAAAUAGCAAACAACUGUGUAGUAACAGGCUGCAGCUACACGCAACCAUAGCACUUUAACAAGUGAAGCUGACAGCACUGUCAGUGAGAAAAAAAGAAAAUGAGUGCUACCCCCGGCAGAAAUGCAGAUGAAGGCUCAACAGAUGACGACAUCGUCGACAACACUGGUACGAAAACACCGGUGGUGUGGAGGUAUUUUGGUUUUUUGAGGUCGGACAUGAAGCAGGGUAAUGUGUACUGCAAAUUAGGUAGUGCACAUGUUUUCAAAAAGUUGGAGAAUACCUCAAAUCUUUUUCACCACCUGAAGCAGUGCCACAUGGCAGAGCAUGCACAACGCAAAAGGUUACAAACCCCAAGCGAAGCAAGGAGCCCAUGGCGCCUGUGCAGCCGACUAUUCAGUCCACGUUCUCUAGCGCAACGCCUAGGAGCUUAUUGUAUUGCAAAAGACAUGCUACUAAUAAGCACUGUUAAUUUUCAAUUUUUAUAUUGCGAUUUACAUUGAUAUCGACUGAUAUGAAAAAACUAAAUUGUGAUGAACUUUUUCCCA